AUGGUGUAUCUGGUGGAGGCUGGUGUAUCUGGUAGAGGCUGGUGUAUCUGGUAGAGGAUAGUAGAGGCUGGUGUAUCUGGUAGAGGAUAGUAGAGGCUGGUGUAUCUAGUAGAGGCUGGUGUAUCUGGUAGAGGCUGGUGUAUCUGGUAGAGGCUGGUGUAUCUAGUAGAGGCUGGUGUAUCUGGUAGAGGCUGGUGUAUCUGGUAGAGGUUGGUGUAUCUAGUAGAGAAUAGAGGCUGGUGUAUCUGGUAGAGACUGGUGUAUCUGGUAGAGGAUAGAGGCUGGUGAAUCUGGUAGAAGAUAGUAGAGGCUGGUGUAUCUGGUAGAGGCUGGAUUAUCUGGUAGAGGCUGGUAUAUCUAGUAGAGAAUAGAGGCUGGUGUAUCUGGUAGAGGCUGGUAUAUCUAGUAGAGAAUAGAGGCUGGUGUAUCUAAUAGAGGCUGGUGUAUCUGGUAGAGGCUGGUGUAUCUGGUAGAGGCUGGUAUAUCUAGUAGAAAAUAGAGGCUGGUGUAUCUGGUAGAGGCUGGUGUAUCUGGUAGAGGCUGGUGUAUCUGGUAGAGGCUGGUGUAUCUGGUAGAGGAUAGAGGCUGGUGUAUCUGGUAGAGGAUAGAGGCUGGUGUAUCUGGUAGAGAAUAGAGGCUGGUGUAUCUGGUAGAGGAUAUUAGAGGAUGGUGUAUCUGGUAGAGGCUGGCGUAUCUGGUAGAGGAUAGUAGAGGCUGGUGUAUCUGGUAGAGGAUAGUAGAGGCUGGUGUAUCUGGUAGAGAAUAGAGGCUGGUGUAUCUGGUAGAGGCUGGUGUAUCUGGUAGAGGAUAGUAGAGGCUGGUGUAUCUGGUAGAGGCUGGUGUAUCUGGUAGAGGAUAGUAGAGGCUGGUGUAUCUGGUAGAGGCUGGUGUAUCUGGUAGAGAAUAGUAGAUACUGGUGUAUCUGGUAGAGGAUAGUAGAGGCUGGUGUAUCUGGUAGAGGAUAGUAGAGGCUGGUGUAUCUGGUAGAGGAUAGUAGAGGCUGGUGUAUCUGGUAGAGGGUAGUAGAGGCUGGUGUAUCUGGUAGAGGAUAGUAGAGGCUGGUGUAUUUGGUAGAGGCUGGUGUUUCUGGUAGAGGAUAGUAGAGGUUGGUGUAUCUGGUAGAGGAUAGUAGAGGCUGGUGUAUCUGGUAGAGGCUGGUGAAUCUGGUAGAGGAUAGUAGAGGCUGGUGUAUCUGGUAGAGGAUAGUAGAGGCUGGUGUAUCUGGUAGAGGAUAGUAGAGGCUGGUGUAUCUGGUAGAGGAUAGUAGAGCCUGGUGUAUCUGGUAGAGGCUGGUGUAUCUAGUAGAGGCUGGUGUAUCUGGUAGAGGAUAGUAGAGGCUGGUGUAUCUGGUAGAGGAUAGUAGAGACUGGUGUAUCUGGUAGAGCCUGGUGUAUCUGGUAGAGGCUGGUGUAUCUGGUAGAGGAUAGUAGAGGCUGGUGUAUCUGGUAGAGGCUGGUGUAUCUGGUAGAGGCUGGUGUAUCUGGUAGAGGCUGGUGUAUCUGGUAGAGGAUAGUAGAGGCUGGUGUAUCUAGUAGAGGAUAGUAGAGGAUGGUGUAUCUGGUAGAGGAUAGUAGAGGCUGGUGUAUCUGGUAGAUGAUAGUAGAGGAUGGUGUAUCUGGUAGAGGAUAGUAGAGCCUGGUGUAUCUAGUAGAGGAUAGUGUAUCUGGUAGAGGCUGGUGUAUCUAGUAGAGGAUAGUAGAGGCUGGUGUAUCUGGUAGAUGAUAGUAGAGGCUGGUGUAUCUGGUAGAGGAUAGUAGAGGCUGGUGUAUCUGGUAGAGGAUAGUAGAGGCUGGUGUAUCUGGUAGAGGAUAGUAGAGGCUGGUGUAUCUAGUAGAGGAUAGUAGAGGAUGGUGUAUCUGGUAGAGGCUGGUGUAUCUGGUAGAGGCUGGUGUAUCUGGUAGAGGAUAGUAGAGGCUGGUGUAUCUGGUAGAGGCUGGUGUAUCUGGUAGAGGAUAGUAGAGGCUGGUGUAUCUAGUAGAGGCUGGUGUACCUGGUAGAGGAUAGUAGAUGCUGGUGUAUCUGGUAGAGGAUAGUAGAGGCUGGUGUAUCUAGUAGAGGCUGGUGUACCUGGUAGAGGAUAGUAGAGGCUGGUGUAUCUGGUAGAGGCUGGUGUAUCUAGUAGAGGCUGGUGUAUCUAGUAGAGGCUGGUGUAUCUAGUAGAGGCUGGUGUAUCUGGUAGAGGAUAGUGUAUCUGGUAGAGGCUGGUGUAUCUAGUAGAGGAUAGUGUAUCUGGUAGAGGCUGGUGUAUCUAGUAGAGGAUAGUGUAUCUGGUAGAGGCUGGUGUAUCUAGUAGAGGAUAGUGUAUCUGGUAGAGGCUGGUGUAUCUGGUAGAGGCUGGUGUAUCUGGUAGAGGCUGGUGUAUCUGGUAGAGGCUGGUGUAUCUGGUAGAGGAUAGUGUAUCUUGUAGAGGCUGGUGUAUCUAGUAGAGGCUGGUGUAUCUGGUAGAGGCUGGUGUAUCUAGUAGAGGCUGGUGUAUCUGGUAGAGGAUAGUAGAGGCUGGUGUAUCUGGUAGAGGCUGGUGUAUCUAGUAGAGGCUGGUGUAUCUAGUAGAGGCUGGUGUAUCUGGUAGAGGCUGGUGUAUCUGGUAGAGGCUGGUGUAUCUGGUAGAGGCUGGUGUAUCUAGUAGAGGCUGGUGUAUCUAGUAGAGGCUGGUGUAUCUAGUAGAGGCUGGUGUAUCUAGUAGAGGCUGGUGUAUCUAGUAGAGACUGGUGUAUCUAGUAGAGGCUGAUGUAUCUAGUAGAGGAUAGUGUAUCUAGUAGAGACUGGUGUAUCUAGUAGCUGGUGUAUCUAGUAGAGACUGGUGUAUCUAGUAGAGGCUGGUGUAUCUAGUAGAGGAUAGUGUAUCUAGUAGAGACUGGUGUAUCUAGUAGAGACUGGUGUAUCUAGUAGCUGGUGUAUCUAGUAGAGACUGGUGUAUCUAGUAGAGACUGGUGUAUCUAGUAGAGGCUGGUGUACCUAGUAGAGGCUGGUGUACCUGGUAGAGGAUGGAUGCUGGUGUACCGUUAGUCAUAUUUUUCAAGAUAAUGUGGGCUAUUUAUUUCAUUUCUGUUUUAAUAAAAUACACAAUUUGAGGGACAAACAUCAUUGUGUCAAUACAUAAAACUGUAAAUAAGACUUUAAUCUCAAGAGAAGACUGGUUAAAUGUUUGUUUUCUUUCUUAUAAAAUAAUCCUGAUCAUAUAGUAAAAUCAAAUCCCAUUUUAUUUGCCACAUUUUAUUUGCUGAAUACAACAGGUGUAGACCUUACAGUUAAAUGCUUACUUACAAGCCCUUAACCAACAAUGCAGUUUUAAGAAAAAAUGUGUUCAGUAAAAAAUAGAUAAGUAAAAAAAUAAAAUAAAAAAAUGGAAGAGCGGCAGUAAAAUAAAAUAACAGUAGGGAGGCUAUAUACAGGGGGUACCGGGACAGAGUCAAUGUGAAAUAACAGUAGGGAGGCUAUAUACAGGGGGGUACCGGUACAGAGUCAAUGUGAAAAUAACAGUAGGGAGGCUAUAUACAGGGGGUACCGUACAGAGUUCAAUGUGGAAAAACAGUAGAGAGGCUAUAUACAGGGGGUACCGGUACAGAGUUAAUGUGAAAUAACAGUAGGGAGGCUAUAUACAGGGGGUACCGGUUACAGAGUUCAAUGUGAAAUAACAGUAGAGAGGCUAUAUACAGGGGGGUACCGGUACAGAGUCAAUGUGAAAUAACAGUAGAAGAGGCUAUAUACAGGGGGGUACCGGUACAGAGUUAAUGUGAAAUAACAGUAGGGAGGCUAUAUACAGGGGUACCGGUACAGAGUCAAUGUGAAAUAACAGUAGGGAGGCUAUAUACAGGGGGGGGUACCGGUACAGAGUCAAUGGGAAAUAACAGUAGGGAGGCUAUAUACAGGGGGGUACCGUACAGAGUCAAUGGGAAAUAACAGUAGGGAGGCUAUAUACAGGGGGUACCGGUACAGAGUCAAUGUGAAAUAACAGUAGGGAGGCUAUAUACAGGGGGGUACCGGUACAGAGUCAAUGUGAAAUAACAGUAGGGAGGCUAUAUACAGGGGGUACCGGUACAGAGUCAAUGUGAAAUAACAGUAGGGAGGCUAUAUACAGGGGGUACCGGUACAGAGUCAAUGUGAAAUAACAGUAGGGAGGCUAUAUACAGGGGGGUACCGGUACAGAGUCAAUGUGAAAUAACAGUAGGGAGGCUAUAUACAGGGGGGUACCGGUACAGAGUCAAUGUGAAAUAACAGUAGGGAGGCUAUAUACAGGGGGUACCGGUACAUAGUCAAUGUGCGGGGGUACAGGUUAGUCAAGGUAAUUGAGGUAAUAUGUACAUGUGGGUAGAGUUAAAGUGACUAUGCAUAGAUAAUAAACAGAGUAGCAGCAGCGUGAAAGAGGGGGUGGGGUGGGGUUGGGGGGACGAUGCAAAUAGUCCGGGUAGCCAUGAUUAGCUGUUCAGGAGUCUUAUGGCUUGGGGGUAGAAGCUGUUAAGAAGCCUUUUAGACCUAGACAACCUAGCAGUUGCCAUACCAGGCGGUGAUGCAACCAGUCAGGAUGCUCUCGAUGGUGCAGCUGUAGAACCUUUUGAGGAUCUGAGGACCCAUGCCAAAUCUUUUCAGUCUCCUGAGGGGGAAUAGGCUUUGUCGUGCCUUCUUCACGACUGUCUUGGUGUGUUUGGACCAUGAUAGUUUGUUGAUGAUGUGGACACCAAGGAACUUGAAGCUCUCAACCUGUUUCACUACAGCCCCGUCGAUGAGAAUGGGGGCGUGCUCAGUCCUCUUUUUUCCCCCCUGUAGUCCACAAUCAUCUCCUUUAUCUUGAUCACGUUGAGGGAGAGGUUGUUAUCCUGGCACCACAUGGCCAGGUGUCUGACCUCCUCCCUAUAGGCUGUCUCAUCGUUGUCGGCAAACUUAAUGAUGGUGUUGGAGUCGUGCCUGGCCAUGCAGUCAUGGGUGAACAGGGUGUACAGGAGGGGUCUGAGCAUGCACUCCUGAGGGGCCCUCGUGUUGAGGAUUAGAGUGGCAGAUGUGUUGUUACCUACCCUUACCACCUGGGGUCGGCCCGUCAGGAAGUCCAGGAUCCAGUUGCAGAGGGAGGUGUUUAGUCCCAGGGUCCUUAGUUUAGUGAUGAGCUUUGAGGGCACUAUGGUGUUGAAUGCUGAGCUGUAGUCAAUGAAUAGCAUUCUCACGUAGGUGUUCCUCUUGUCCAGGUGGGAAAGGGCAGUGUGGAGUUCAAUAGAGAUUGCAUCAUCUGUGGAUCUGUUGGGGUGGUAUGCAAAUUGGAGUGUGUCUAGGGUUUCUGGGAUAAUGGUGUUGAUGUGAGCCAUGACCAGCCUUUGAAAGCACUUCAUGCCUACAGACUUGAGUGCUACAGGUCGGUAGUCAUUUAGGCAGGUUAUCUUGGGGUUAUUGAGCAUAGGGACUAUGGUGGUCUGCUUGAAACAUGUUGGUAUUACAGACUCAGACAGGGAGAGGUUAAAAAUGUCAGUGAAGACACUUGCCAGUUGGUCAGCGCAUGCUCGAAGUACACAUCCUGGUAAUCCGUCUGGCCCUGCGGCCUUGUGAAUGUUGACCUGCUUAAAAGUCUAUCUCACAUCGGAUGCAGAGAGCGUGAUCACGUAUUCAUCCGGAACAGCUGAUGCUCUCAUUCAUGCUUCAGUGUUGCUUGCCUCGAAGCUAGCAUAGAAGUAAUUUAGCUCGUCUGGUAGGCUUGUGUCACUGGGCAGCUCGUGGCUGUGCUUCCCUUCCGACGAGCGUCAGAGCCAGUGUAGUACGAUUCAGUCUUAGUCAUGUAUUGACUCUUUGCCUGUUUGAUGGUUCGUUGGAGGGCAUAGCGUGAUUUCUUAUAAGCGUCCGGGUUAGAGUCCCGCUCCUUGAAAGCAGCAGCUCUACCCUUUAGCUCAGUGCGGAUGUUGCCUGUAAUCCAUGGCUUAACUCAGUCCAUCAUUGGGUCUGUUUGGGCUGUAAGGCUAACUCAGUCCAUCAUUGGGUCUGUUUGGGCUGUAAGGCUAACUCAGUCGGUCUGUUUGAGCUGUAAGGCUAACUCAGUCGGUCUGUUUGAGCUGUAAGGCUAACUCAGUCGGUCUGUUUGAGCUGUAAGGCUAACUCAGUCGGUCUGUUUGGGCUGUAAGGCUAACUCAGUCGGUCUGUUUGGGCUGUAAGGCUAACUCAGUCCAUCAUUGGGUCUGUUGAGCUGUAAGGCUAACUCAGUCCAUCAUUGGGUCUGUUGAGCUGUAAGGCUAACUCAGUCCAUCAUUGGGUCUGUUUGGGGUGUAAGGCUAACUCAGUCGGUCUGUUUGGGCUGUAAGGCUAACUCAGUCGGUCUGUUUGGGCUGUAAGGCUAACUCAGUCGACUGUAGACUAAAGUCAGGGGAGGUGCAUCUGCAACAGCCGAGAGUCGGACACUGUUGUGGUUGACCUACAUCAGUAGUACAUAGAGCCAUGACUACAUGGAACUCUAUUCCACAUCAAGUUAACUGAUGCAAGCAGUAAAAUUAGAUUUAAAAAAACAGAUAAAAAUACACCUUAUGGAACAGCGGGGACUGUGAAGCAACACAAACAUGGUAACAUACGCACUAUACACACACGUACACAUGGAUUUUGUGUUGUAGAUAUGUGGUAGUGGAGUAGAGGCCUGAGGGCACACAGUGUGUUGUGAAAUCUGUGAAUGUAUUGUAAUGUUUUAAAAAUUGUAUAACUGCCUUAAUGUUGCUGGACCCCAGGAAGAGUAGCUGCUGCCUUGGCAGGAACUAAUGGGGAUCCAUAAUAAACCCCAGGAAGAGUAGCUGCUGCCUUGGCAGGAACUAAUGGGGAUCCAUAAUAAACCCCAGGAAGAGUAGCUGCUGCCUUGGCAGGAACUAAUGGGGAUCCAUAAUAAAUACAAAUGCAAAUGCUCCGUGCAACAUGGCAGUGUUGCCAUAGUUAAUAAUAUUUAAAAAAAAAAAAAUUAUGUUGAAAUAAACAUCUCAAAGCCCCAUAUCACACACUUAAAAACGGUAAAUGUCUGUGUACAUUGUACUAUCAAUUGGUGUGAGAAAGCCUCAAAAUAUAACAUUCAUUUGUAUAUCCACUGUCUACAUAUGAAUCGCGGCAAAGUUGGUUCAUGUUUCAGUCAUGUCUUUGGUUCUGUUCGCGUGGGUAAAACAAAAACACCCUUAUCAUUGGUUGACCCUAACCCUAACCUUAACCCUGAUGAUUGGUUGACCCUAACCCUAACCCUCCACAAUGCAGGUGAUGGCUAAUGGUGCAGUUGGUGAGAAGCAACUGCAGCAACUUCAUCAAAAACUGCAUGACCUUUGGUCACAUGGUUUUUGUAAAGUUAAUGUAGGCGGAAGUCGGACAAUUUUUAUCCCCAUAAUGCACCACUCUGAAAGGUGGGCACCAACGAUUGUCACUGACUUAGCCCAAAAAAAUGUAUGCACUCACUAACUGUAAGUUGCUCUGGAUAAGAGCGUCUGCUAAAUGACUAAAAAUGUUUUUAAAAAUGGAACACUCCCAUCGUGUUAAAUGGAACACUCCCAUCGUGUUAAAUGGAACACUCCCAUCGUGUUAAAUGGAACACUCCCAUCGUGUUAAAUGGAACACUCCCAUCGUGUUAAAUGGAACACUCCCAUCGUGUUAAAUGGAACACUCCCAUCGUGUUAAAUGGAACACUCCCAUCGUGUUAAAUGGAACACUCCCAUCGUGUUAAAUGGAACACUCCCAUCGUGUUAAAUGGAACACUCCCAUCGUGUUAAAUGGAACACUCCCAUCGUGUUAAAUGGAACACUCCCAUCGUGUUAAAUGGAACACUCCCAUCGUGUUAAAUGGAACACUCCCAUCAUGUUGUGUGUCAGCUCUGUAGAUGUUGAUGUGUGAUUGUAUUGUGUUGACGUGGUUGUUUACUGUGUGUUGUUGAUGAUGUUUACUGUGUGUUGUUGAUGAUGUUUACUGUGUGUUGUUGAUGAUGUUUACUGUGUGUUGUUGAUGAUGUUUACUGUGUGUUGUUGAUGAUGUUUACUGUGUGUUGUUGAUGAUGUUUACUGUGUGUUGUUGAUGAUGUUUACUGUGUGUUGUUGAUGAUGUUUACUGUGUGUUGUUGAUUAUGUUUACUGUGUGUUGUUGAUUAUGUUUACUGUGUCUGUGUGUUCCAGGUCAAGGGUCACCAGAUCCUGGAUGAGCCCAUGGACGAGGGAGAGUCUUUCACUCAUUGUGUGAGUAAUAGUAAUAAUAAUACAUGUAAUUUGUAUAGAGCUUUUCAUUACGGUGUUAUCUCAAAGGAUCAAAUAAAAACCUUCUAUAAAAACAUCAAGCAGGAAAUAGCAACAGUAGAUAGGCUAGGUGCUACAGUAGAUAGGCUAGGUGCUACAGUAGAUAGGCUAGGAGCUACAGUAGAUAGGCUAGGUGCUACAGUAGAUAGGCUAGGUGCUACAGUAGAUAGGCUAGGUGCUACAGUAGAUAGGCUAGGUGCUACAGUAGAUAGGCUAGGUGCUACAGUAGAUAGGCUAGGUGCUACAGUAGAUAGGCUAGGUGCUACAGUAGAUAGGCUAGGUGCUAAAAGCAAUUUCUAGAUUAGCACUAGAAGAAGACAGUCAGGAGAAAUGGGUUUUAAGGCCCGUUUUAAAAGUUCCCAUUGAUGGAGUGGCUCUCAGAUGGUCAGGGAGAGCAUUCCAUAGGCGAGGGGCAAGGGAGCAGAAGUCCCCCAUAGUUCAGAGACGUGGGGACUUGAAGCAGUGGGGAGUUGCUGGAGAGUGUGAGGUGGCUCAUUAAUAGAAAUUAGGUCCCUGAUGUCAAAUCAAAUCACAUUUUAUUUGUCACAUACACGUGUUUAGCAGAUGUUAUAGCGGGUGUAGCGAAAUGCUUGUGCUUCUAGCUCCGACAGUGCAGUAAUAUCUAACAAUUGCACAACAUAUACCCAAUACACACAAAACUAGUAAGGAAUGGAAUUUAAGAAUAUAUACAUAUAUGGACAAGCAAUGACAGAGUGGCAUGGACUAAGAUACAGUAGAAUAUUAUAGAAUAGAAUGCAGUAUAUACAUAUGAGAUGAGUAGUGCAAGAUAUGGAAACAUUAUUAAAGUGACUAAUGUUCCAUUUCUUAAAGUGGCCAGUGAUUUCAAUAGGCAGCAGCAGCCUCUAAUGUGCUAGUGAUGGCUAUUUAACAGUCUGAUGGCCUUGAGAUAUAAGCUGUUUUUCAUUCUCUCGAUCCCAGCUUUGAUGCACCUGUACUGACCUCGCCUUCUGGAUGAUAGCGGGGUGAACAGGCAGUGGCUCAGGUGGUUGAUGUCCUUGAUGAUCUUUUUGGCCUUCCUGUGACAUCGGGUGCUGUAUGUGUCUUGGAGGGCGGGUAGUUUGCCCUCGGUAAUGCGUUCGGCAGACCGCACCACCCUCUGGAGAGCCCUGCGGUUGCGGGCGGUGCAGUUCCGGUACCAAGCGGUGAUACAGCCCGACAGGAUGCUCUCAAUUGUGCAUCUGUAAAAGUUUGUGAGGGUUUUAGGUGUCAAGCCAAAUUUCUUCAGGCUCCUGAGGUUGAAGAGGCUCUGUUGCGCCUUCUUCACCACACUGUCUGCGUGGGUGGACCAUUUCAGUUUGUCAGUGAUGUGUACGCCAAGGAACUUGAAGCUUUCCACCUUCUCCACUGCGGUCCCGUCGAUGUGGAUAGGGGGGUGCACCCUCUGCUGUUUCCUGAAGUCCACGAUCAUCUCCUUUGUUUUGUUGAUGUUGAGUGAGAGGUUAUUUUCCUGGCACCACACUCCCAGAGCCCUCACCUCCUCCUUGUAGGCUGUCUCGUCAUUGUUGAUAAUCAAGCCUACUACUGUUGUGUCAUCUGCAAACUUGAUGAUUGAGUUGAAGGCGUGCUUGGCCACGCAGUCAUGGGUGAACAGGGAGUACAGGAGGGGGCUGAGCACGCACCCUUGUGGGGCCCCAGUGUUGAGGAUCAGCAAAGUAGAGAUGUUGUUUCCUACCUUCACCACCUGGGGGCGGCCCGUCAGGAAGUCCAGGACCCAGUGUAGUGAAUAGUCCUUAGCACGGGUACUGCCUGUUUGAGUUUCUGCCUAUAGGAAGGGAGGAGCAAAAUGGAGUCGUGGUCAGAUUUGCCGAAAGGAGGGCGGGGGAGGGCCUUAUAACCAUCCCGGAAGUUCGAAUAGCAAUGGUCGAGGAUUUUGGCAGCGAAAUUAUCUUGGGAGAUAAUACGGUCGGCAUUUGAUUGUGAGAUAUUUUAGGUCGGGUGAACAGAAGGACUCGAGUUCCUGUAUGUUGCUACAAUUAGUAAUGAGUUGUUAAUCAUGAAACACACACCUCCGCCCUUCUGGUUCCCGGAGAGAUAUUUAUUCCUGUCUGCGCGAUGAACUGAGAACCCAUCUGGCUGGACCGAUUUCGACAGAAUAUCCCAAGAGAGUGAUGUUUUGGGUCAGCCGCUGGAAUCAGUUCAUUUGCCCUGGGGAAAGCAAACAAAGGAUCUGCUUUGGGAAAGUCGUAUUCCUGGUCGUAAUGCUUGUGAGUUACCACCGCUCUGAUAUCCAAUAGUUUUCCUCGGCUGUAUGUAAUGAUACAAAACACUUUCUAAGCUAAUAAUGUAAAAAAUAAUACAUACAAAAACAAAAUACUGCCAAGUUUCCUAAGAGCUAGUCGCGAGGCCGCCAUCUUCGUCGGAGGCGCCAGCAAUGUAGGUGGGACUCAAUCCAUUCAAGGCUUUAAACACUAGGAGGAGGAUUUUAAAGUGAAUCCUCUAGUUGACCGGUAGCCAGUGAGUUCAGUAAGGAUGGUUGUGAUGUGGGCUGAGUUCUUGGUCCUGGUCAGGACUCUGACAGCACUAUUCUGGAGAAGUUGUAGCCUCUGAAGUGAUUUGUCUGGAAGGCCCCUGAACAGAGCUGUAGUCGAUCCGGGAGAAGAUGAAGGCGUGGAAUAGUUUCUCUGCAUCUGGCUGGGAGAAAGAUGGUUUGAGCCGGGUGAUGUUUUUUAGAUAGAAACAUGAUGUUAGCGGAUAAUAUGGUUUAUAUGGGCAUCACAGGACAGAGAAGACUCGAAGUUGACUCCCAGGUUGAAGAGGACAGAUGUUGUAGGGCAGAUGUUUCCAGCACUGGUGACCUGCUUGAAUAAGGGGUUGUGCAUACAGUGCAUUCGGAAAGUAUUCAGACCCCUUGACCUUUUCCACAUUUUGUUACAUUACAGCCUUAUUCUAAAAUGGAUUAAAUCGUUUUUUACCCUCAUCAAUCUACACACAAUACCCCAUAAUGACAAAGCAAAAGCAGGUUUUUAGACAUUUUUGCAAAUUUCUUACAAAUAAAAAACCUAAAUAUCUCAUUUACAUAAGUAUUCAGACCCUUUACUCAGUACUUUGUUGAAGCACGUUUGACAGCGAUUACAGCCUUGAGUCUUCUUGGGUAUGACGCUACAAGCUUGGCACACGUGUAUUUGGGGAGUUUCACCCAUUCUUCUCUGCAGAUCCUCUCAAGCUCUGUCAGGAUGGAUGGGGAGCGUCGCUGCACAGCUAUUUUCAGGUGUCUCCAGAGAUGUUCGAUCGGGUUCAAGUCUGGGCUAUGGCUGGGCCACUCAAGGACAUUGAGACUUGUCCCUAAGCCACUCCUGUGUUGUCUUGGCUGUGUGCUUAGGGUCGUUGUCCUGUUGGAAGGUGAACCUUUGCACCAGUCUGGGGUCCUGAGCGCUCUGGAGCAGGUUUUCAUCAAGAAUCUCUCUGUACUUUACUCUGUUCAUCUUUGCCUCAAUCCUGACUAGUCUCCCAGUCCCUGCCGCUGAAAAAUAUCCCCACAGCAUGAUGCUGCCACCACCAUGCUUCACCGUAGGGAUGGUGCCAGGUUUCCUCCAGACGUGAUGCUUGGCAUUCAGACCAAAGAGUUCAAUCUUGGUUUCAUCAGACCAGAGAAUCUUGUUUCUCAUGGUCUGAGAGUCCUUUAGGUGCCUUUUGGCAAACUCCAAGCGGGCUGUCAUGUGCCUUUUACUGAGGAGUUGCUUCCGUCUGGCCACUCUACCAUAAAGGCCUGAUUGGUGGAGCGCUGCAGAGAUCGUUUUCCUUCUAGAAGGGUUAGGGUUAGGUUUGGAGCUUUGUCAGAGUGACCAAGGCCAUUCUCCCCCGAUUGCUCAGUUUGAUCGGGCGGCCAGCUCUAGGAAGAGUUUUGGUGGUUCCAAACUUCUUCCAUUUAAGAAUGAUGGAGGCCACUGUGUUCUUGGGGACCUUCAAUGCUGCAGACAUUUUUUGGUCCCCUUCCCCAGAUCUGUGCUUCGAUACAAUCCUGUCUCGAAGCUCUAAGGACAAUUCCUUCGACCUCAAGGCUUGGUUUUUGCUCUGACAUGCAGUGUCAACUGUGGGACCUUAUAUAGACAGGUGUGUGCCUUUCCAAAUCAUGUCCAAUCAAUUGAAUUUACCACAGGUGGACUCCAAUCAAGUUGUAGAAACAGCUCAAGGAUGAUCAAUGGAAACAGGAUGCACCUGAGCUCAAUUUUGAGUCUCUUAGCAAAGGGUCUGAAUACUUAUGUACAAAUGUUAUUUUUGUUUUUUUAUUUUUAAUACAUUUGCAAACAUUUCUAAAAACCUGUUUUCGCUUUGUCAUUAAGGGGUAUUGUGUGUAGGUUGAUGAGGGGAACAAAAUAAUUUAAUCCAUUUUAUAAUAAGGCUGUAAUGUAACAAAGUGGAAAAAAUAAAGGGGUCUGAAUACUUUCCGAAUGCACUGUACUUUGUGUACAUGAAAUACUAACUGUUUUUGUGGUGUGUGUGUGUAUGUUUAGGACAAGGGUGCGUCAUAUUCAGAGAUCCCCAUCACCCACCAUGUGAAGGAAGGGUGUGAGAAGGCUGACCCGCGGCAGUUUGAGUUGCUUAAGGUCCUGGGACAGGGAUCGUUCGGAAAGGUGUUUCUGGUCCGGAAAAUCAUGGGUCCAGACGAGGGUCAGUUAUAUGCAAUGAAAGUCCUCAAGAAGGCUUCGUUGAAAGGUAACAGUCCAGUUAUCAACUUCACAUACAUGUUCUCUCAGAUGGUCUCUGACACUGUUCACUUCAAUGCUUUAUAGAUGCAUAGCAUAUUGUAGAAACUAAUGGCCCUGUUUGUCUGGGAUUUCAUGUCUGUGGCUGUUUCUCUGUGUCUGUCUGUCUGUCUGUCUCUGUCUGUGUCGCGCUGUUGCUCUGCCUCUGUUGCUCUUCCUCUCUGUCGCUCUCUCUCUCUGUCGCUCUCUCUCUCUGUCGCUCUCUCUCUCUGUGUCUCUGUCGCUCUCUCUGUGUGCCUCUGUCGCUCUCUGUGUGCCUCUGUCGCUCUCUCUGUGUGUCUGUCUCUCUCUCUCUGUGCCUCUGUCGCUCUCUCUCUGUGUGUCUGUCUCUCUCUCUGUGUGUCUGUCUCUGUCUGUGUCGGUGUGUCUCUGUGUGUAUGUGUCUGUCUGUGUGUCUGUGUUUCUCUGUCUCUCUAUGUGUGUCUUCUCUGUGUGUGUGUCUUCUCUGUGUCUAUGUGUGUCUGCCUCUGUUUCUCUGUCUGUGUGUGUGUGUGUCUCUGUCUGUCUGGGUCUCGCUCUGUGUCUGUCGCUCUGCCUCUCUGUCGCUCUGCCUCUGUGUGUCUGUCUCUCUCUCUGUCCAUCCAGUCAGGGACAGAGUUCGCACCAAAAUGGAGCGAGACAUUCUAGUGGAGGUCAACCACCCCUUCAUAGUCAAGUUGCACUACGGUUAGUCUCAUCUUUAACCCCUGACCCUUCACCUCUACCCUCUCACCACGUCAUAGUCCAGUUUUACUACGGUUAGUCACUCUGUCCUGACUACAGAGGAGUGUGUUUAACGCCUCUCCUCUCUCAGCCUUCCAGACCGAAGGGAAGCUCUAUUUAAUCCUGGACUUUCUCAGGGGAGGAGACGUCUUCACGCGCUUAUCCAAAGAGGUGAGACCUCUACUACUCUAGUGGAUUAUUAUUGAUAAACUGGGUGGUUCGAGCCCUGAAUGCUGAUUGGCUGACAGCCGUGGUAUAUCAGACCGUAUACCACGGGUAUGACAAAACAUUUAUUUUUACUGCUGUAAUUACUUUGGUAACCAGUUUAUAAUAGCAAUAAGGCACCUUGGGGCUUUGUGGUAUAUUGCCAAUAUACCACGGCUAAGGGCUGUAUCCGCGUUGCGUCGUGCCUAAGAACAGCCCUUAGCCGUGGUAUUUUGGCCAUAUACCACACCUUAUUGCUUUAAAAUAAUAUCCUAUGACAUGGGUUAUUCACUUUACUUUUGACUGCUCGUAAAUGUACACUCAGGCCAGUUUAUUAGGAACACCCAUCUAGUAACGGGUCAGAUCCACCUUUGCCUCCAGAACAGCCUCAAUUCUUCUGGGAAUGGAUUCUACAAGGUGUGGCGUUCAAACAUUGCUCCAUUGGUAUCAAGAGACCUAACAUUUUCCAGGAAAACAUUCCCUACACCACCGCCACCAGCCUGUACCGUUGACACCAGGCAGGAUGUGGCCAUGGACUGCGUACACCAAAUCCUGACUCUCAGCAUGAUGCAACAAGAACCGGGAUUUUUCGGACCAGGCGAUGUUUUUCCGCUCCUCAACUGUCCAGUGUUGGUGAUCUUGUGCCCACUGGAGCCGCUUCUUCUUGUGUUUAGCUGAUAGGAGUGGAACCCGGUGUGGUCGUCUGCUGCAAUAACCCAUCUGUGAUAAGGACUGACGAAUUGUGCAUUCCAAGAUGCCGUUCUGCACACCACUGUUGUACUGAGCUGUUAUUUGCCUGUUUGUGGCCCGCCUGUUAGCUUGCACGAUUCUUGCCAUUCUCCUUCGACCUCUGUCAUCAACGAGCUGUUUUCGCCCACAGGACUGCUGCUGACUGGAUGUAUUUUGUUUGCUGCACCAUUCUCGGUAAACCCUAGACACUGUUGUGCGUGAAAAGCCCAAUAGGCCGCCCGUUUCUGACGUACCGACGAUUAUACCACGCUUAAAGUCACUUAGGUCACUCGUUUUUCCCAUUCUAACGUUCAAUCGAACAGGAACUGAAUGCCUCGAUGCCUGUCUGCCUGCUUUAUAUAGCAAGCCACGGCCACGUGACUCACUGUCUGUAGGAGCGAACCAUUAUCGUGAACGGGGUGGUGUACCUAAUAAACUGGCCACUGAGUAUAUAAUGAUAUAAAGAAUAUGGCUUUAUUUAAAUGUGUAAAUACUAGUAUUAACUUAAUAUAAUGUAUAUAAUAUUGUUUUACAGUGGGGAAAAAAAGUAUUUAGUCAAAUCAAAUACAAUUUUAUUGGCCACAUGCGCCGAAUACAACAGGUGCAGACAUUACAGUGAAAUGCUUACAUACAGCCCUUAACCAACAGUGCAUUUCUUUUUAACAAAAAAGUAAAAAUAAAACAACAACAAAAAAAGUGUUGAGAAAAAAAGAGCAGAAGUAAAAUAAAAUAACAGUAGGGAGGCUAUAUACAGGGGGUACCGGUGCAGAGUCAAUGUGCGGGGGCACCGGCUAGUUGAGGUAAUAUGUACAUGUGGGUAGAGUUAAAGUGACUAUGCAUAAAUAAUUAACAGAGUAGCAGCAGCGUAAAAGGAUGGGGUGGGGGGGCAGUGCAAAUAGUCCGGGUAGCCAUGAUUAGCUGUUCAGGAGUCUUAUGGCUUGGGGGUAGAAGCUGUUGAGAAGUCUUUUGGACCUAGAUUUGGCACUCCGGUACCGCUUGCCAUGCGGUAGCAGAGAGAACAGUCUAUGACUAGGGUGGCUGGAGUCUUUGACAAUUUUGAGGGCCUUCCUCUGACACCGCCUGGUAUAGAGGUCCUGGAUGGCAGGAAGCUUGGCCCCAGUGAUGUACUGGGCCGUACGCACUACCCUCUGUAGUGCCACACCCCCACACCCUAACACUUAACACUUUCUGGGUCUCACCGCUCCCCCUGAGGGCACCCUUAGAGGCCGAGCAGUUGCCAUACCAGGCGGUGAUGCAACCAGUCAGGAUGCUCUCGAUGGUGCAGCUGUAGAAUUUUUUGAGGAUCUGAGGACCCAUGCCAAAUCUUUUCAGUCUCCUGAGGGGGAAUAGGCUUUGUCGUGCCCUCUUCACGACUGUCUUGGUGUGUUUGGACCAUGAUAGUUCGUUGGUGAUGUGGACACCAAGGAACUUGAAGCUCUCAACCUGUUCCACUACAGCUCCGUCGAUGAGAAUGGGGGCGUGCUCAGUCCUCUUUUUUUUCCUGUAGUCCACAAUCAUCUCCUUUGUCUUGGUCACGUUGAGGGAGAGGUUGUUGUCCUGGCACCACACGGCCAGGUCUCUGACCUCCUCCCUAUAGGCUGUCUCAUCGUUGUCGGUGAUCAGCCACCAAUCGUGCAAGUUCUCCCACUUAAAAAGAUGAGAGAGGCCUGUAAUUUUCAUCAUAGGUACACAUCAACUAUGACAGACAAAUUGAGAAAAAAAUUUCCAGAAAAUCACAUUGUAGGAUUUUUUAUGAAUUUAUUUGCAAAUUAUGGUGGAAAAUAAGUAUUUGGUCACCUACAAACAAGCAAGAUUUCUGGCUCUCACAGACCUGUAACUUCUUCUUUAAGAGGCUCCUCUGUCCUCCACUCGUUACCUGUAUUAAUGGCACCUGUUUGAACUUGUUAUCAGUAUAAAAGACACCUGUCCACAACCUCAAACAGUCACACUCCAAACUCCACUAUGGCCAAGACCAAAGAGCUGUCAAAGGACACCAGAAACAAAUUGUAGACCUGCACCAGUCUGGGAAGACUGAAUCUGCAAUAGGUAAGCAGCUUGGUUUGAAGAAAUCAACUGUGGGAGCAAUUAUUAGGAAAUGGAAGACAUACAAGACCACUGAAAAUCUCCCUCGAUCUGGGGCUCCACGCAAGAUCUCACCCCGUGGGGUCAAAAUGAUCACAAGAAUGGAGAGCAAAAAUCCCAGAACCACACGGGGGGACCUAGUGAAUGACCUGCAGAGAGCUGGGACCAAUGUAACAAAGCCUACCAUCAGUAACACACUACGCCGCCAGGGACUCAAAUCCUGCAGUGCAAGACGUGUCCCCCUGCUUAAGCCAGUACAUGUCCAGGCCUGUCUGAAGUUUGCUAGAGUGCAUUUGGAUGAUCCAGAAGAGGAUUGGGAGAAUGUCAUAUGGUCAGAUGAAACCAAAAUAGAACUUUUUGGUAAAAACUCAAAUCGUCGUGUUUGGAGGACAAAGAAUGCUGAGUUGCAUCCAAAGAACACCAUACCUACUGUGAAGCAUGGGGUUGGAAACAUCAUGCUUUGGGGCUGUUUUUCUGCAAAGGGACCAGGACGACUGAUCCGUGUAAAGGAAAGAAUGAAUGGGGCCAUGUAUCGUGAGAUUUUGAGUGAAAACCUCCUUCCAUCAGCAAGGGCAUUGUAGAUGAAACGUGGCUGGGUCUUUCAGCAUGACAAUGAUCCCAAACACCCCGCUCGGGCAACGAAGGAGUGGCUUCGUAAGAAGCAUUUCAAGGUCCUGGGGUGGCCUAGCCAGUCUCCAGAUCUCAACCCCAUAGAAAAUCUUUGGAGGGAGUUGAAAGUCCGUGUUGCCCAGCGACAGCCCCAAAACAUCACUGCUCUAGAGGAGAUCUGCAUGGAGGAAUGGGCCAAAAUACCAGCAACAGUGUGUGAAAACCUUGUGAAGACUUACAGAAAACGUUUGACCUGUGUCAUUGCCAACAAAGGGUAUAUAUCAAAGUAUUGAGAAACUUUUGUUAUUGACCAAAUACUUAUUUUCCACCAUAAUUUGCAAAUAAAUUCAUUAAAAAUCCUACAAUGUGAUUUUCUGGAAUUUUUUUUCUCAUUUUGUCUGUCAUAGUUGACGUGUACCUAUGAUGAAAAUUACAGGCCUCUCAUCUUUUUAAGUGGGAGAACUUGCACAAUUGGUGGCAGACUAAAUACUUUUUUUUCCCCACUGUAUGUGUAGCUCUAACUGUAUUUAGUAAUAUGAUGUUAUAAUGUUGUAUAAUGAGUUGUGUUGCCUGUGACCCUUCCCUCCGAGGCCAGAACAGACAGUAAAUGUGUCCAGUUCUCACUAGGUUAUGUUUACAGAGGAAGAUGUCAAAUUCUACCUAGCAGAGCUGGCUCUGGCCCUCGACCACCUGCACCAUCUGGGCAUAGUUUACAGAGACCUCAAACCAGAGAAGUAUGUACCCUAACCUCUGACCCCUAACCCCUACAUCACCACCUGGGCAUAGUUUACAGAGACCUCAAACCAGAGAAGCAUGUAUCCUAACCUCUGACCCCUAACCCCUACAUCACCACCUGGGCAUAGUGGACAGAGACCUCAAACCAGAGAAGUGUGUAUCCUAACCUCUGACCCCUAACCCCUACAUCACCAUCUGGGCAUAGUUUACAGAGACCUCAAACCAGAGAAGCAUGUAUCCUAACCUCUGACCCCUAACCCCUACAUCACCACCUGGGCAUAGUGGACAGAGACCUCAAACCAGAGAAGUGUGUAUCCUAACCUCUGACCCCUAACCCCUACAUCACCACCUGGGCAUAGUUUACAGAGACCUCAAACCAGAGAAGCAUGUAUCCUAACCUCUGACCCCUAACCCCUACAUCACCACCUGGGCAUAGUGGACAGAGACCUCAAACCAGAGAAGCAUGUAUCCUAACCUCUGACCCCUAACCCCUACAUCACCACCUGGGCAUAGUGGACAGAGACCUCAAACCAGAGAAGCAUGUAUCCUAACCUCUGACCCCUAACCCCUACAUCACCACCUGGGCAUAGUGGACAGAGACCUCAAACCAGAGAAGUGUGUAUCCUAACCUCUGACCCCUAACCCCUACAUCACCACCUGGGCAUAGUGGACAGAGACCUCAAACCAGAGAAGUGUGUAUCCUAACCUCUGACCCCUAACCCCCCCAGUCUGUCUCUGCCUCUUCUAAUUUACAUGGUUGGGGUGUUGCUGGUGAUGAGUUAGGGUGUUUGGGGUGUUGCUAGUGGUGAUUUGGGUGUUUGGGCUGUUGGUAGUGAUGGGUUAGGGUGUUGGUAGUGAUGGGUUAGGGUGUUGGUAGUGAUGGGUUAGGGUGUGUUGGGAUGGGUAGUGGGUGUUGGUAGUGAGGGUUAGGGUGUUGGUAGUGAUGGUUAGGGUUGGUAGGGGUUUGGGUGUGUGUUGUGCAUGGUUUAUGGUUAGGGUGUUGGUAUGUGAUGGGUUAGGGUGUGGUAGUGAUGGGUUAGGGUGUUGUUAGUGUGGUGGUUAGGGUGUGGUGGUUUGGUGAUUUUGGGUUAGGGUGUUUGGGAGUGAGGGUUAGGGUGGUUAUGAGGUUAGUGAGGUUUGUUGGUGGUGAUGGGUUAGGGUUGUUUGGUAGUGAUGGGUUAGGGUGUUGGUAGUGAUGGGUUAGGGGUUUGUGUGAUGGGUUAGGGUGUUUUGGGAUGGUUUGGGUUCAGGGUGUUGGUAGUGAUGGGGUUAGGGUGUGGUAGUGAUGGGUUAGGGUGUUGGUAGUGAUGGGUUAGGGUGUUGGUUGUGAUGGGUUAGGGUGUUGGUAGUGAUGGGUUAGGGUGUUGGUAGUGAUGGGUUAGGUGUUGGUAGUGAUGGGUUAGGGUGUUGGUAGUGAUGGGUUCGGGUGUUGGUUGUGAUGGGUUAGGGUGUGGGGAGGGUGUGAUGGGUGGGUUGGGUGUUGGUCGUGAUGGGUUAGGGUGUUGGUAGUGAUGGGUUAGGGUGUUGGUUGUGUUGGGUGGGGUUUUGGUGUUGGGUGAUGGGUUAGGGUGUUGUUUGGGGUGGGGUGUGGUGUGGUUUUGGGUUUUUUGGUGGUGAUGGGUUAGGGUGUUGUGGUAGUGAUGGGUUAGGGUGUUUGGUUGUGAUGGGUUAUGGGUGUUAGGUUGUGAGGGUGGUAUUGUUGUGUUAUAGGGUUGGGGGUUUGUGUAGUGAUGGGUUAGGGUGUUGUGUGUGAUGGGUUAGUGUGUGUUGGUGUGGGUGGGUUAGGGUUUUUUGGUGUGUGGGUUAGGGUUGGUUUGGUAGGUAUUUGUUGAGGUGUUGUGUUGUAUGGGUUAGGGGUUGUAGUUGGUUAGGUGGGUUUGUGAUGGUGGGUUGGGUUUGGUAGGAUUGGGUUAGGUGUGGUUUGGUUUGAUGGGUUAGGGUGUUGGUGUGAUGGUUAGGUGUUGUGGGUUUUUGUGGUAUGAUGGGUUGGGUGUUUGUUGUGAUUUUUUAGGGUGUUGGUUUUCGAUGGGUUUAGGGUGUUGGUGUGAUGGGUUAGGUUUGGUUUAGUGAGGGGUUAGGGUUGUUUUUGUGGGUAGGGUUUUCUAUUUUGUGGUUGGUUGGGUUGUGAUGGGUUAGGUGGGUUGGUGUGAUGGGUUAGGGUGUUGGUAGUGAUGGGUUGGGUGUUGGGAGUGUGGGUUAGGGUGUUGGUUGUGAUGGGUUAGGGUGUUGGUAGUGAUGGUUAGGGUGUUGGUAGUGAUGGGUUAGGGUGUUGGUAGUGAUGGGUUAGGGUGUUGGUUGUGAUGGGUUGAUGGGUUAGGGUGUUGGUAGUGAUGGGUUAGGGUGUUGGUAGUGAUGGGUUAGGGUGUUGGUAGUGAUGGGUUAGGGUGUUGGUUGUGAUGGGUUAGGGUGUUGGUAGUGAUGGGUUAGGGUGUUGGUAGUGAUGGGUUAGGGUGUUGGUAGUGAUGGGUUAGGGUGUUGUUAGUGAUGGGUUAGGGUGUUGUUAGUGAUGGGUAUGAGGUCUCUGUGUUUCUCUACUAUACCUACUAAUGCUGUUGUUCUCUGUUUUCAGCAUUUUAUUAGAUGAAGCUGGCCACAUCAAGUUAACAGGUAUGACCUUCUCUCUGUCCUUCUCUCUGACCUUCUCUCUGUCUGGGCUGUGGUGCUUCAGGAGGGGAUGUGUUUAUGUAUGAGUGGGAUUGAGCGGAAAAACUAAAAGAAUGUGGUUGUGUAAUAUGUGUGUGUAGUGUGACGUGUGUGUGUGUGACGUGUGUUUCAGACUUUGGCCUGAGUAAGGAGUCAGUGGAUGUUGAUAAAAAGGCCUAUUCAUUCUGUGGGACGGUGGAGUACAUGGCUCCUGAGGUCGUCAACAGAAGAGGACACAACCAGAGUGCUGACUGGUGGAGUCUAGGAGUACUCAUGGUAAACACACACACACUACCCCACCUAUAUCUAACCUGUAUCUAUAACCCCAACCUAAUGUAUCUACCUGUAUCUAUAACCCCAACCUAAUGUCUCUACCUGUAUCUAUCCUGUAUCUAUAACCCCAACCUAAUGUCUCUACCUGUAUCUAACCUGUAUCUAUAACCCCAACCUAAUGUCUCUACCUGUAUCUAACCUGUAUCUAUAACCCCAACCUAAUGUCUCUACCUGUAUCUAACCUGUAUCUAUAACCCCAACCUAAUGUCUCUACCUGUAUCUAACCUGUAUCUAUAACCCCAACCUAAUGUCUCUACCUGUAUCUAUAACCCCAGCCUAAUGUCUCUACCUGUAUCUAUCCUGUAUCUAUAACCCCAACCUAAUGUCUCUACCUGUAUCUAUAACCCCAACCUAAUGUCUCUACCUGUAUCUAACCUGUAUCUAUAACCCCAACCUAAUGUCUCUACCUGUAUCUAUCCUGUAUCUAUAACCCCAACCUAAUGUCUCUACCUGUAUCUAUCCUGUAUCUAUAACCCCAACCUAAUGUCUCUACCUGUAUCUAACCUGUAUCUAUAACCCCAACCUAAUGUCUCUACCUGUAUCUAUCCUUUAUCUAUAACCCCAACCUAAUGUCUCUACCUGUAUCUAACCUGUAUCUAUAACCCCAACCUAAUGUCUCUACCUAUAUCUAACCUGUAUCAUUAACCCCAACCUAAUGUCUCUACCUGUAUAUAUCCUGUAUCUAUAACCCCAACCUAAUGUCUCUACCUGUAUCUAACCUGUAUCUAUAACCCCAACCUAAUGUCUCUACCUGUAUCUAACCUGUAUCUAUAACCCCAACCUAAUGUCUCUACCUGUAUCUAACCUGUAUCUAUAACCCCAACCUAAUAUCUCUACCUGUAUCUAACCUGUAUCUAUAACCCCAACCUAAUGUCUCUACCUGUAUCUAACCUGUAUCUAUAACCCCAGUUUAAGCCAAGAUAAAGCAAAGCAGUGCGAUAAAAACAACAACACAGAGUUACCUAUGGGGUAAAACAAAACAUAAAGUCAAAAAUACCAAAGAAAAUAUAUAUACAGUGUGUGCAAAUGUAGCAAGUUAUGGAGGUAAGGCAAUACAUAGGCUAUAGUGCAAAAUAAUUACAAUUAGUAUUAACACUGGAGUGAUAGAUGUGCAAAAGAUGAUGUGCAAAUAGAGAUACUGGGGUACAAAUGAGCAAAAUAAUUUUUAUUUUUUUUAUUUUAUUUUUUUUAUUUCACCUUUAUUUAACCAGGUAAGCCAGUUGAGAACAAGUUCUCAUUUACAACUGCGACCUGGCCAAGAUAAAGCAAAGUAGUGCAAUAAAAACAACAGAGUUACAUAUGGGGUAAAAAAAACAUAAAGUCAGAAAAUACAACAGAAAAUAUAUAUACAGUGUGUGCAAAUGUAGCAAGUUAUGGAGGUAAGGCAAUAAAUAGGCUAUAGUGCAGAAUAAUUACAAUAGUAUUAACACUGGAAUGCUAGAUGUGCAAGAGAUUAUGUGCAAAUAGAGAUACUGGGGUGCAAAAGAGCAAAAUAAAUAAUAUAGGGAUGAGGUAGUUGGGUGGGCUAAUUUCGGAUGGGCUGUGUACAGGUGCAGUGAUCGGUAAGGUGCUCUGACAACUGAUGCUUAAAGUUAUCAAGGGAGAUAAGAGUCUCCAGCUUCAGAGAUUUUUGCAAUUCGUUCCAGUCAUUGGCAGCAGAGAACUGGAAGGAAUGGCGGCCAAAGGAGGUGUUGGCUUUGGGAAUGACCAGUGAGAUAUACCUGCUGGAGCGUAGACUACGGGUGGGUGCUGCUAUGGUGACCAAUGAGCUAAGAUAAGGCGGGGAUUUGCCUAGCAGUGAUUUAUAGAUGGCCUGGAGCCAGUGGGUUUGACGACGAACAUGUAGUGAGGACCAGCCAACAAGAGCGUACAGGUCACAGUGGUGGGUAGUGUAUGGGGCUUUGGAGACAAAACGGAUGGCACUGUGAUAGACUACAUCCAAUUUGCUGAGUAGAGUGUUAGAGGCUAUUUUGUAAAUGACAUCGCCGAAGUCAAGGAUCGGUAGGAUAGUCAGUUUUACGAGGGCAUGUUUGGCAGCAUGAGUGAAGGAGGCUUUAUUGCGAAAUAGGAAGCCGAUUCUAGAUUUAACUUUGGAUUGGAGAUUCUUUAUGUGAGUCUGGAAGUUGAGUUUACAGUCUAACCAGACACCUAGGUAUUUGUAGUUGUCCACAUACUCUAGGUCAGACCCGUCGAGAGUGGUGAUUCUAGUCGGGUGGGCGGGUGCCAGCAGCGUUCGAUUGAAAAGCAUGCAUUUAGUUUUACUAGUGUUUAAGAGCAGUUGGAGGCUACUGAAGGAUUGUUGUAUGGCAUUGAAGCUCGUUUGGAGGUUUGUUAACACAGUGUCCAAUGAAGGGCCAGAUGUAUACAAAAUGGUGUCGUCUGCGUAGAGGUGGAUCAGAGAGUCACCAGCAGCAAGAGCGACAUCAUUGAUAUACACGGAGAAAAGUGUCGGCCCAAGAAUUGAACCCUGUGGCACCCCCAUAGAGACUGCCAUAGGUCCAGACAACAGGCCCUCCGAUUUGACACACUGAACUCUAUCUGAGAAGUAGUUGGUGAACCAGGCGAGGCAGUCAUUUGAGAAACCAAGGCUAUUUAGUCUGCCAAUAAGAAUGCGGUGGUUGACAGAGUCGAAAGCCUUGGCCAGGUCGAUGAAGACAGCUGCACAGUACUGUCUAUUAUCAAUCGCGGGGAAGAGGUAGUUGAGUGGGCUAAUUUCAGAUGGGCUGUGUACAGGUGCAGUGAUCGGUAAGCUGCUCUGACAACUGAUGCUUAAAGUUAGUGAGGGAGAUAAGAGUCUCCAGCUUCAGAGAUUUUUGCAGUUAUUGGCAGCAGAGAACUGGAAGGAAUGGCGGCCAAAGGAGGUGUUGGCUUUGGGGAUGACCAGUGAGAUAUACCUGCUGGAGCGCAUACUAUGGGUGGGUGUUGCUAUGGUGACCAAUGAGCUAAGAUAAGGCGGGGAUUUGCCUAGCAGUGAUUUAUAGAUGGCCUGGAGCCAGUGGGUUUGGCGACGAAUAUGUAGUGAGGACCAGCCAACAAGAGCGUACAGGUCACAGUGGUGGGUAGUAUACGGGGCUUUGGUGACAAAACGGAUGGCACUGUGAUAGACUACAUCCAAUUUGCUGAGUAGAGUGUUGGAGGCUAUUUUGUAAAUGACAUCGCCAAAGUCAUGAAUCGGUAGGAUAGUCAGUUUUACGAGGGCAUGUUUGGCAGCAUGAGUGAAGGAGGCUUUGUUUGCGAAAUAGGAAGCUGAUUCUAGAUUUUACUUUGGAUUGGAGAUGCUUAAUGUGAGUCUGGAAGGAGAGUUUACAGUCUAACCAGACACCUAGGUAUUUGUAGUUGUCCACAUACUCUAGGUCAGACCCGUCGAGAGUAGUGAUUCUAGUCGGGUGGGCGGGUGCCAGCAGCGUUCGAUUGAAGAGCAUGCAUUUAGUUUUACUAGCGUUUAAGAGCAGUUGGAGGCUACGGAAGGAUUGUUGUAUGCAUUGAAGCUCGUUUGGAGGUUUGUUAACACAGUGUCCAAUGAAGGGCCAGAUGUAUACAAAAUGGUGUCGUCUGCGUAGAGGUGGAUCUGAGAGUCACCAGCAGCAAGAGCGACAUCAUUGAUAUACAUGGAGAAAAGAGUCGGCCCAAGAAUUGAACCCUGUGGCACCCCCAUAGAGACUGCCAUAGGUCCAGACAACAGGCCCUCCGAUUUGACACAUUGAACUCUAUCUGAGAAGUAGUUGGUGAACCAGGCGAGGCAGUCAUUUGAGAAACCAAGGCUAUUUAGUCUGCCAAUAAGAAUGCGGUGGUUGACAGAGUCGAAAGCCUUGGCCAGGUCGAUGAAGACGGCUGCACAGUACUGUCUAUUAUCGAUCGCGGUUAUAAUAUCGUUUAGGACCUUGAGCGUGGCUGAGGUGCACCCAUGACCAGCUCGGAAACCGGAUUGCAUUUGUUAACUUGGCUUUCGAAAGGCAGGGCAGGAUGGAUAUAGGUCUGUAACAGUUUUGAUCUAGAGUGUCACCCCCUUUGAAGAGGGGGAUGACCGCUGCAGCUUUCCAAUCUCUGGGGAUCUCAGACGUUACGAAAGAGAGGUUGAACAGGCUAGUAAUAGGGGUUGCGACAAUUUCAGCGGCUAUUUUUAGAAAGAAAGGGUCCAGAUUGUCUAGCCCAGAUUAUUUGUAGGGGUCCAGAUUUUGCAGCUCUUUCAGAACAUCAGCUGUCUGAAUUUGUGUGAAGGAGAAGCGGGGGGUGCAUGGGCGAAUUGCAGCGGAGGGUGCAGAGCUGGUGGCCGGGGUAAUGGUAGCCAGGUGGAAAGCAUGGCCAGCCGUAGCAAAAUGUUUGUUGAAAUUCUCGAUUAUUGUAGAUUUAUCGGUGGUGAUAGUGUUUCCUAGCCUCAGUGCAGUGGGCAGCUGGGAGGAGGUGCUCUUAUUCUCCAUGGACUUUACAGUGUCCCAAAACUUUUUGGAGUUAGUGCUACAGGAUGCAAAUUUCUGUUUGAAAAAGCUAGCCUUUGCUUUCCUAACUGCUUGUGUAUAUUGGUUCCUAACUUCCCUGAAAAGUUGCAUAUCGCGGGGGCUAUUCGAUGCAAAUGCAGUACGCCACAGGAUGUUUUUGUGCUGGUCAAGGGCAGUCAAGUCUGAGGAGAACCAGGGGCUAUAUCUGUUCUUAGUUCUGAAUUUUUUGAAUGGGGCAUGCUUAUUUAAGAUUGAGAGGAAAGCACUUUUAUAGAACAACCAGACAUCCUCUACUGACGGAAUGAGAUCAAUAUCCAUCCAGGAUACCUGGGCCAGGUCAAUUAGGAAGGCCUGUUCGCUAAAGUGUUUUAGGGAGCGUUUGACAGUGAUGAGGGGUGGUCGUUUGACCGCGGACCCAUUACGGACGCAGGCAAUAAGGCAGUGAUCGCUGAGGAUUCAGACACUGCUAGAACAUCAGGGUUGGCGGAGUGUGCUAACGCAGUGAAUAACUCAAACAUAGGAAGUAGGCUUCUGAUGUUAACGUGCAGAAAACCAAGGCUUUUACGGUUACAGAAGUCAACAAAUGAUAGCGCCUGGGGAGUAGGAGUGAUACUGGGGGCUAUAGGGCCUGGGUUAACCUCUACAUCACCAGAGGAACAGAGGAGGAAUAGAAUAAGGAUACGGCUAAAGGCUUUAAGAACUGGUCUUCUAGUGCGUUGGGUACAGAGAAUAAAGGGGACAGAUUUCCGGGCGAUGUAGAAUAGAUUCAGGGCAUUAUGUACAGAAAAGGAUAUGGAAGGAUAUGAGUACAGUGGAGGUAAACCUAAGCGUUGGGUAACAAUGAAAGAGAUAGCAUCACUGGAGGCACCGAUUGAGCCGGUCUCGGCGUGUAUGGGGGGUGGAACAAAGGAGCUAUUUGAGGCAGUUUGAGAAUGACUUGGGGUUCUAUAUUGAAAUUGUAUAAUAAGAACUAACUGGAACAGCAAUAGGCAAGGCAUAUUGACAUGGGAGAGAGGCAUAAAGCAAUCACAGGUGUUAUUAGAGAGAGCUAAGACAACAACUGGCAAUUGCGAUGAAAGUUUGGGCUGAGGCUAAACAGAUAAACAGGACAGGGUACAGUGUAAAGGAACAGUCCAGCAGGCAUCAGCUGUGCAGCUGAGUGAUCAUAAGGUCCAGUGAACAGCAAUAUGUGAGUCCGAGAGCAGUUCGAAUUGGUGCUAAAGCACAGCGAGCAGGAAGCACGGCUGUUUUUUGCGUGUGCUAGCGGGCCAGGGCUAGCAGAUGGAUCUUCGUGGUCGUCGCAACGGGAAGCCUGUUGAAACCACAGACGAUUACGUCGGCAGACCAGUCGUGAUGGAUCGGUGGGGCUCCGUGUCGACUCUAGGAGGUCCCGUCCGGUUGACAGAGAGGUAUCCAGGAGAUGUGCCUAACUUGAGGCUAGCUCAAGGUUGAUUAGCCAACAACAUCCAUUUGGUUGCAGAUAGCUAGUUGCGAUGAUCAGGUGUUGAAGGUCCAGUGAUUUAGUGAUUCCGGCAGAAAAUCUGAUAUGUUCUGGGUCGAUAACGCGCUGUGCAUACAGUGCAGACUGGCCGAUAAUAGUCCAGACUAGAGCUGGCUUGUAGGUAGUGCAGGCCACGGACAAUGGUGAAAAAACGCUAACGGUGGCUAAUGGCAAGUAGCUAGUUAGCUGGCUACUCCCGUCCGGUAGACAACGAGGUAGAUAGCCUUGAGCCAGGCCCAUAUCCUGGCUAACUGGUGCUUGCUUCGGGGGCAGUGGUGAUUAGCCUACAGCAACAUCCAUUCGGUUGCGGCUAGCUAGUUGCAAUCCGGUGUUAGGGUCCAGUGAUUCAGUUAUUCUGUCAGGAAAUCUGAUGUUCUGGGUGAAAAGCGCUAACGGUGGCUAAUAGCAAGUAGCUAGUUAGCUGGCUAGCUAGUUUCAACUGGAGAUUCUAGAUAAAGGUAAGUAAAUAAUAGAAUCCGUUCCACAUUGAGUGAGGCGGGUUGCAGGAAAGUAUAUUUAUUAGAAGGAUGAAAAGUGUGAUAAGGAAAUAUGUACGAAAAAUAAAAUAAAUAAAUAAAAAAACAGGCUAUUUACACGGACACACAACAAAGAACACGACCGCACUGCUAUGCCAUCUUGGAUAGUCACCAAGAAAACAAUUGGUAACACACUACGCCGUGAAGGACUGAAAUCCUGCAGCGCCCGCAAGGUCCCCCUGCUCAAGAAAGCACAUAUACAGGCCCGUCUGAAGUUUGCCAAUGAACAUCCGAAUGAUUCAGAGGAGAACUGGGUGAAAGUGUUGUGGUCAGAUGAGACCAAAAUGGAGCUCUUUGGCAUCAACUCAACUCGCCGUGUUUGGAGGAGGAGAAAUGCUGCCUAUGACCCCAAGAACGCCAUCCCCACCGUCAAACAUGGAGGUGGAAACAUUAUGCUUUGGGGGUGUUUUUCUGCUAAGGGGACAGGACAACUUCACCGCAUCAAAGGGACGAUGGACGGCGCCAUGUACCGUCAAAUCUUGGGUGAGAACCUCCUUCCCUCAGCCAGGGCAUUGAAAAUGGGUCGUGGAUGGGUAUUCCAGCAUGACAAUGACCCAAAACACACGGCCAAGGCAACAAAGGAAUGGCUCAAGAAGAAGCACGUUAAGGUCCUGGAGUGGCCUAGCCAGUCUCCAGACCUUAAUCCCAUAGAAAAUCUGUGGAGGGAGCUUAAGGUUCGAGUUGCCAAACGUCAGCCUCGAAACCUUAAUGACUUGGAGAAGAUCUGCAAAAAGGAGUGGGACAAAAUCCCUCCUGAGAUGUGUGCAAACAUGGUGGCCAACUACAAGAAUUGUCUGACCUCUGUGAUUGCCAACAAGGGUUUUGCCACCAAGUACUAAGUCAUGUUUUGCAGAGGGGUCAAAUACUUAUUUCCCUCAUUAAAAUGCAAAUCAAUUUAUAACAUUUUUGACAUGCGUUUUUCUGGAUUUUUUUGUUUGUUAUUCUGUCUCUCACUGUUCAAAUAAACCUACCAUUAAAAUUAUAGACUGAUCAUGUCUUUGUCAGUGGGCAAACGUACAAAAUCAGCAGGGGAUCAAAUACUUUUUUCCCUCACUGUAUAACCCCAGCCUGAUGUCUGUCUCUACCUGUAUCUAACCUGUAUCUAUAACCCGACCUAAUGUCUCUACCUGUAUCUAUCCUGUAUCUAUAACCCCAACCUAAUGUCUCUACCUGUAUCUAACCUGUAUCUAUAACCCCAACCUAAUGUCUCUACCUGUAUCUAACCUGUAUCUAUAACCCCAACCUAAUGUCUCUACCUGUAUCUAACCUGUAUCUAUAACCCCAACCUAAUGUCUCUACCUGUAUCUAACCUGUAUCUAUAACCCCAACCUAAUGUCUCUACCUGUAUCUAACCUGUAUCUAUAACCCCAACCUAAUGUCUCUACCUGUAUCUAACCUGUAUCUAUAACCCCAACCUAAUGUCUCUACCUGUAUCUAACCUGUAUCUAUAACCCCAACCUAAUGUCUCUACCUGUAUCUAACCUGUAUCUAUAACCCCAACCUAAUGUCUCUACCUGUAUCUAACCUGUAUCUAUAACCCCAACCUAAUGUCUCUACCUGUAUCUAACCUGUAUCUAUAACCCCAACCUAAUGUCUCUACCUGUAUCUAACCUGUAUCUAUAACCCCAACCUAAUGUCUCUACCUGUAUCUAACCUGUAUCUAUAACCCCAACCUAAUGUCUCUACCUGUAUCUAUAACCCCAACCUAAUGUCUCUACCUGUAUCUAACCUGUAUCUAUAACCCCUACCUAAUGUCUCUACCUGUAUCUAACCUGUAUCUAUAACCCCAACCUAAUGUCUCUACCUGUAUCUAUCCUGUAUCUAUAACCCCUACCUAAUGUCUCUACCUGUAUCUAUAACCCCAACCUAAUGUCUGUCUCUCAUCUGUUAUAGUUUGAAAUGCUGACCGGGACGUUACCGUUUCAGGGGAAAGACCGCAACGAGACCAUGAACAUGAUCCUCAAGUAAGUCAAUCACACAGGUUCUACAUCAUGUUAUGAAACAGAUUAACUAACCUGCCAAUAUUGAUGCACUUGCUAAGUCUAGGGUUCUUAGUUAACCUGCUAAUAUUGAUGCACUUGCUAAGUCUAGGGGUCUUAGUUAACCUGCCAAUAUUGAUGCACUUGCUAAGUCUAGGGGUCUUAGUUAACCUGCCAAUAUUGAUGCACUUGCUAAGUCUAGGGGUCUUAGUUAACCUGCCAAUAUUGAUGCACUUGCUAAGUCUAGGGGUCUUAGUUAACCUGCCAAUAUUGAUACACUUGCUAAGUCUAGGGGUCUUAGUUAACCUGCUAAUAUUGAUGCACUUGUUAAGUCUAGGGGUCUUUUUUUAGUUAACCUGCCAAUAUUGAUGCACUUGCUAAGUCUAGGGGUCUUAGUUAACCUGCCAAUAUUGAUGCACUUGCUAAGUCUAGGGGUCUUAGUUAACCUGCCAAUAUUGAUGCACUUGCUAAGUCUAGGGGUCUUAGUUAACCUGCUAAUAUUGAUGCACUUGCUAAGUCUAGGGGUCUUAGUUAACUGGUUUGUAACCUGAUUUGAGACGUGCAUCUAUGUGAGAAAUCGCCGUAUGCGCCUGGGUGUUGAAUGCAUGUACCCAGGAGACAGCAACCUUACUAAAUUUGAUUUGUGUUUGAAUUCUUCGUGGGUUUGUGUAAUUUGAGGGAAAUAUGUGUCUCUUUUAUGAUCAUCCAUUUGGCAGGAGGUUAAAAAGUGCAGCUUGGUUUCCACCUCAUUUUGUGGGCAGUGGCCACAUCCUGUCUUCUCUUGAGAGCCAGGUCUGCCUAUGGUGUCCUCUCUCUCAAUAGCAAGGCUAUGCUCACUGAGUCUGUACAUAGUCAAAGCUUUCCUUAAGUUUGGGUCAGUCACAGUGGUCAGGUAUUCUGCCACUGUCUACUCUCUGUUUAGGGCCAAAUAGCGUUCUAGUUUGCUCCGUUUUUUUGUUGUUGAUUCUUUCCAGUGUGUCAAGUAGUUCUCUUUUUGUUUUCUCAUGAUUUGGUUGGGUCUAAUUGUGUUGCUGUCCUGGGGCUCUGUGGGGUCUGUUUGUGUUUGUGAACAGAGCCCCAUGACCAGCUGGCUAAGGGGACUCUUCUCUAGGUUCAUCUCUCUGUAGGUGAUGGCUUUGUUAUGGAAGUUUUGAGAAUCACUUCUUUUUAGGUGGUUGUAGAAUUUAACAGCUCUUUUCUGGAUUUUGAUAAUUUGUGGGUAUCGGCCUAAUUCUGCUCUGCAUGCAUUAUUUGGUGUUUUACGUUGUACACAGAGUAUAUUUUAGCAGAAUUCUGCAUGCAGAGUCUCAAUUUGGUGUUUGUCCCAUUUUGUGAAUUCUUGGUUGGUGAGCGGACCCCAGCCCUCACAACCAUAAAGGGCAAUGGGUUCUAUAAUUGAUUCAAGUAUUUUUAGCCAGGUCCUAAUUGGGAUGUAGAAUUGUGUUCCUUUUGAUGGCAUAGAAGGCCCUUCUUGCCUUGUCUCUCAGAUCGUUCACAGCUUUGUGGAAGUUACCUGUGGUGCUGAUGUUUAGGCCGAGGGAUGUAUAGUUUUGUGUGUGCUCUAGGGCAACGGUGUCUAUAUGGAAUUUGUAUUUGUGGUCCUGGCAACUGAACGUUUUUGGGAGCACCAUUAUUUUUGUCUUACUGAGAUUUACUGUCAGGGCCCAGGUCUGACAGAAUCUGUGCAGAAUAUCUAUGUGCUGCUGUAGGCCCUCCUUGGUUGGGGACAGAAGCACCAGAUCAUCUGCACCAGAUCAUUCAUUGAGGGUGGGGCUCAAGCUGCAUCCCUGUCUCACGCAAAUUCUGACCAUACACUUAUUGUUUGUGUGCAUUGAUUUUAUAAUAUUGUAGGUUUUCCCCCAAAACCCCUUUCCAUCAUUUUAUACAGCAGGCCAUAAUGCCAAAUUGAGUCAAAAGCUUUUUUGAAAUCAACAAAGCAUGAGAAAACGUUGCUUUUGAUAAUAUUUUUUGGGGGUCAAUUAGGAUGUGCAGGGUGUAUACGUGGUCUGUCGUACAGUAUUUUGGUAAGAAGCCAAUUUUACAUUUGCUCAGGACAUUGGUUUCACUCUCCUCUCUGCUCUCUCUCCCUCUCUCCUUCCCUCCUCAGAGCUAAGUUAGGGAUGCCUCACUUCCUGAGUCUAGAAGCCCAGAGUCUGCUCAGAAUGCUGUUUAAACGCAACCCUGCUAACCGCCUGGGUAAGUUUAUUUGGAUCCCCAUUAGCUUUUGCACAGGCAUCAGCUAUUCUUACUGGGGUCCACACAAAACAUGACAAGUAACAAAACACUGAUAGAACAUUCACACAAAUUAACCACCUGGGUAAGCGAGAGAGAGAGAGUGUGUGUGUGUGUGUGUGUGUGUUCCUGAUGGUUGUCUUGCUGUAGGGGCUGGUGUGUGUGUGUGUGUGUGUGUGUGUCACUGAUGGUGCAUUGUAUCUGUGUAGGGGCUGGGGCUGACGGGGUGGAGGAGAUCAAACGUCACGCCUUCUUCUCAACCAUCGACUGGAACGUGAGUCACACACACAAAAUGCUAACAGUAGACAGUAAGAUGGCGCCGACAGACAUGGCAGCUCUGCUUCUAGCUCCUAAGCAACAGACAUGGCAGCUCUGCUUCUAGCUCCUAAGCAACAGACAUGGCAGCUCUGCUUCUAGCUCCUAAGCAACAGACAUGGCAGCUCUGCUUCUAGCUCCUAAGCAGCAGACAUGGCAGCUCUGCUUCUAGCUCCUAAGCAACAGACAUGGCAGCUCUGCUUCUAGCUCCUGAGCAACAGACACGGCAGCUCUGCUUCUAGCUCCUAAGCAGCAGACAUGGCAGCUCUGCUUCCAGCUCCUAAGCAACAGACAUGGCAGCUCUGCUUCCAGCUCCUAAGCAACAGACAUGGCAGCUCUGCUUCUAGCUCCUAAGCAACAGACAUGGCAGCUCUGCUUCCAGCUCCUAAGCUACAGACAUGGCAGCUCUGCUUCUAGCUCCUAAGCAACAGACAUGGCAGCUCUACUUCUAGCUCCUAAGCAACAGACAUGGCAGCUCUGCUUCCAGCUCCUAAGCUACAGACAUGGCAGCUCUGCUUCUAGAUCCUAAGCAACAGACAUGGCAGCUCUGCUUCUAGCUCCUAAGCAACAGACAUGGCAGCUCUGCUUCUAGCUCCUAAGCAACAGACAUGGCAGCUCUGCUUCUAGCUCCUAAGCAACAGACAUGGCAGCUCUGCUUCUAGCUCCUAAGCAACAGACAUGGCAGCUCUGCUUCUAGCUCCUAAGCAACAGACAUGGCAGCUCUGCUUCUAGCUCCUAAGCAACAGACAUGGCAGCUCUGCUUCUAGCUCCUAAGCAACAGACAUGGCAGCUCUGCUUCUAGCUCCUAAGCAACAGACAUGGCAGCUCUGCUUCUAGCUCCUAAGCAACAGACAUGGCAGCUCUGCUUCUAGCUCCUAAGCAACUUUGCAGUAUUUUAAUUUGUUUUAUUUCUUACAUUAUCAGCCCAGAACGUGUUUUGUGUUAUUACAUACAGCAUUAAAUAACUUUGGGAUAUGAGAGCGGCGGUAACUCACCAGCAUUCCGACCAGAAAUACGACUUUCCCUAAUUGGAACCUAUGUUCGUACCCCCACCAAAGCAAUUGAACUUAUCCCAGAGGCUGCUCCAAGACGCUGCCGGUGGAGAAAAUCUAUUCGGUGUGGACAUCUAGUCCGACUCAGGAGGCGUGCACACCAUCCACCGCUUCCGAGUAUAUUACUCACUAAUGUUCAGCCCUGGACAAUAAAGUAGACAAGCUCAGGGCGAGGAUCUCCUUCCAAAGAGACAUCAGGGACUGUAACAUACUCUGUUUCACGGAAUCAUGGCUCUCUCCGGAUAUACUGUCCCCGUCCAUACAGCCAGCUGGGUUCUCAGUACAUCGCACAGACAGGAAUAAUGAACUCUCCGAGAAGAAGAAAGGCGGUGGUGUAUGUUUUAUUAUGAACUACUCAUGGUGUGAUUGUGAUAACGUACAGGAACUCAAGUCCUUUUGUUCACCUGACCGAGAAUACCUCACAAUCAAAUGCUGACUGUAUUACCUCCCAAGAGAAUUCUCUUCGGUUAUAGUCACAGCCGUGUAUAUUCCCCCUCAAGCCAAUACCACAACGGCCCUCAAAGAACUACGCUGGACUUUGUGCAAACUGGAAACCACAUAUCCUGAGGCCGCAUGUAUUGUAGCUGGGGAUUUUAACAAAGCAAAUUUGAGGAAAACGCUACCGACGUUCUAUCAACACAUAGCCUUCUGGAAUGGCUAGAAGGCCCUCCCCUGCCCUCCCUUCGGCAAAUCAGAUCACGACUCCAUCCUGCUCCUCCCUUCCUAUAGGCAGAAACUCAAACAGGAAGUACCCAUGCUAAUUGUCCAUUUGGAAGACCCAUUUGCGACCAAGCUUUAACUUCCUGACUGAUGUCUUGAGAUGUUGCUUCAAUGUAUCCACAUAAUUUUCCUUCCUCAUGGUGCCAUCUAUUUUGUGAAGUGCACCAGUCCCUCCUGCAGCAAAGCACCCCCACAGCAUGAUGCUGCCACCCCCGUGCUUCACGGUUGGGAUGGUGUUCUUUGGCUUGCAAGCGUCCCUCUUUUUCCUCCAAACAUAACGAUGGUCAUUAUUUACAUUUACGUAAUUUAGCAGACGCUCUUAUCCCGAGCGACUUAUAAAUUGGUACAUUAUGGCCAAACAGUUCUAUUUUUGUUUCAUCAGACCAGAGGACAUUUCUCCAAAAAGUAUGAUCUUUGUCCUCAUGUGCAGUUGCAAACCGUAGUCUGUCUUUUUUAUGGCGUUUUUGGAGCAGUGGCUUCUUCCUUGCUGAGCAGCCUUUCAGGUUAUGUCGAUAUACGACUUGUUUUACUGUGGAUAUAGAUACUUUUGUACCUGUUUCCUCCAGCAUCUUCACAAGGUCCUAUGCUGUUGUUCUGGGAUUGAUUUGCACUUUUCGCAUCAAAGUACGUUCAUCUCUAGGAGACAGAACACGUCUCCUUCCUGAGCGGUAUGAUGGCUGCGUGGUCCCAUGGUGUUUAUACUUGCAUACUAUUCUUUGUACAGAUGAACGUGGUACCUUCAGGCGUUUGGAAAUUGCUCCCAAGGAUGAACCAGACAUGUGGAGGUCUACAAUUUUUUUCCUGAGGUCUUGGCUGAUUUAUUUUGAUUUUCCCAUGAUGUCAAAUUUCCGAUCGAUAAAAGACAGUACUGUGCAGCCGUCUUCAUCGACCUGGCCAAGACUUUCGACUCUGUCAAUCACCUUCUCCUCUAGUACUCUGUUCUUCUCCUGCUCCUGCUCUUUCUCCUGUUGAUGUUGUCUCACCACAGUCCAGAGUGCAGUCUCUCUCUACCUCCAGCUCUCCAGGUCUAGUUAAGGGGGUGUUGUUGUGCUGGACUGUUGUCUGGGUCUGUGCUGACUGGAGUGUAAUCACCUGCUGUUCCAGCUCCACCUGCCUUACUUCCAGCUGGGUUAAUUUAUCCUUCAUUUCAAUGAGGGAGUAGUACUCUGUGCUGGGAAGUUGACUUUCCGCUUGUGUAGGACUCUGUGGGGUUAUUUAAUGAAGAGGUCUGGUCUGAUCCGCUCUGGGUGGGGGUAUCUUUCUCAAGGGAGAGCUGCUCCUGCUGAGCUAUUUCUUUGAUUAGGUGAAAGUCCAGCUGGAACUGUUUGGGGUUGCCCUGUACCAAUACUGUUCCAGAUUUAUAGAGAUUUAUAUUAGCUGACUCAGAGUCCUCGUUGUCUAGUAUCCUGAGUUUCUACCCAUCGCUAACACCCCUCUUCUUAACAGAGGGAUAGUGUGCUAGUAUAGCACUGUGCCAUGCCAGGGGAUGGUCUGUGUGGAAGAUAAGGUUGGUUAUGUUCCCAUUUUUAUAAAAUUCAGCAAAAGUGUCUCCUGAUUUCCCAUAAGGAGCUUCAUUUUGUAAUCUUUUCGUGUCUUAUCAUUCUUUACAUACAGAGGGUACUGUAUUUUAAUUACCUCUGAACAGCGGGAGCGUGCAUCUAAGGACUCUCCAUUUGGGAUAGACUGUGCGACUCUCCUGCCAUUGUUGGGCUCAAGGGCUUUGACACCUCACUUCCCACAUGUCAGUGCUAAUUGAAGUUGUAUCUCUUUGUACUAGCAAGCUUGGUAGCCUUAGCAUUCAGUCCUUAUAAAGUAAAAUAUAUCAUUGUAAUGCAUUUUUCUUGGUUUUUGAAAGUAAAAAAUAGCUUCAGACUAAACAUUACUCACUCAGUUCCAGGUUGGAUGGUGUUUUCAGGUUUCUGUUUGUUUGCCAGAGCAUUUGCUGUAUAGCUUGGGAAUAGUAAUCCUUGGUAGUAGAAAGCCUUCCAGGUAAUUCCAUCCAAAAUCAGGUUGUAGCAUCGUGUAUAUGUCCCUGCCAAAAUAUCCAAGUUUAUCUAAUUCUAAAUCUAUAUUGUUUGUAAAAACAUGCUGAAAAAUAUUUGAUCUCUGUCUCUGUCUCUCUUCUCUUUUGUUUUUAUUAUUUUUUUUUGUUUUUUUUUUGUUUUCUUUUUGUUUUUUGUUUAUUUUUUUUUUUUUUUUAUUUGUUUUUUUUUUUUUUGUGUAUUUUGUUUUUUUGCUAAUUUUUGGUUAUUUAUUUUUUGUUUUUUAACCUAGGGGUUAUAUUUUGUUAUUCUCUUUUUUUUAAAUUUGUUCUUUUUUUUUUAUUAUAUUUUCUUUAUUUUUUUUGGUAUUUUUUUUGAUUUUUUUUAUAUUUUUUUGUUUUUUCCCCCUUAAUUUUUUUGUUUUUUUUGUUUUUUUCUAUUUCUUUUUUCCUAUCUCUUUUUUUCUAAUCUUCCUCUGUCUCUGCCCUUUUCUUCUCUGGUUUCUCUCUUCUUCUUCGUCUUUUUCUCUUCCUCUCAAUUAAAUUCUUUUCAAUUCGUUUUUUGGCAGACCGUAACAAUGUACAAUUCCCAAAGUUUAUUUUGGGGAUAUUUACAAUAAAAAAAAUAAAAAAAAAACGAAAUAAAAAAAUUGUCAAGGGGAAAAAAAACAAAAAUAAAAACAAACAAAAAAAAAAACGGUCAAUAAAACCCAACAUUAAACCCUAAUAACAAUAAUCAUCAGUUGAGGAAAUGUGCGGGUUUUUGGGCGUGGGCCAUGCCCCCUCAAUUAUGGCCGGGAAGCAAGUAGUGCCCUUCCCAAACCCCCACGCUCUCGCGUCCCCCCCCCCAACAGGAGGGGUUUACCCUUUCCCUAAUCAGAGAGGUUUUUUUUAAAACCCGGGAAAAGGGGGUUUUUUUAAAAUUUGGGGAAAAGGGGAAAUGACAUACAAAUUUGUUUUUUUAUUUUUGACUUUUUUUGUCGGGGAAAUGCGGGGCCCCGUCUCAGGUUCUGUUUUUUGGCGGGGGUUUUUUUUGGCAAACCCUUUCCUUUUAAGGGGAAAGGCCAGGUUUUUUUCUUCUCCCCCUUCUCAAUGGAAAGGGGGGGCCCUCACGGGGCCGGGACUUUGUAAAGGGUUUUUUUCAAGGGUUUUUUUGAUCAGCCCCCCAGGGGCAAAUAUUUAGCCAUAGUGAAAAGGCGUUUUAGGGCCAGAUGAACUGUUUUUGUUUACCCUCUCUUUAUUUCUUCUAAUAAAAGGGAUUAGCAAAUUGGGGUUAAAGGGCUGGAAAGGGUGGUUGGGAUGGGGGUUUGGUUUUUUUAAAAAAUCUUUCUUAAAAUUUGGUAAGUUUAUUAUGGGGUUUUUAUUUUAUCUUCUUUUUUUUAUCUUUGUAUCCCCUUUCACUUUUUGGUUUUUUCCCUCUUGGGGGGCCCUGGGGGGAAAAAAGGGGGAAUUUUCCCUUUUAUCCCAGGUUUCCCCCUCCCCUUAUGUAACCCAAUUUUAAACCAAAUUAAAAUUUUUGGGACCCUUCUCGCGGGGGGCUUAAAAUCUUAAAAUUUUUGGAAUGUUUUUCUCGUGUCUUCUUUAUUUUUAGAUUUAAAUGCUGACCCCUUUUAUCUAUUUUAAUCUCUUUUUUCUCUCUCUAUAUUCUCUCUCUUUACUCUCCUUUUUCCUCUUUCCCUUCUUUUUUGCUCUCCCCUCUUUCCUCCUCUCUCUCUUAUAUUUUUUCCUUUCUCUCCCCUCUUCUCUCUUUUCUGGGGGUUCUCUCUCUUCUCUGUCCCCUCUCUCCGUUUUUUUCUCUCUCUUUGCUUUUUUCCCUGGGCUCUUUUCUUUUGGGUUCUAUCUUUCUCUUUGUCUCUCUUUGUCUCGCUCUCCUCUCUCUCUCUCUGUCUCUCUCUGUGUCUCUCGCUCUCUCUCUCUCUCUUUGUCUCUCUCUUUGUCUCUCUCUCUCUCUUUGUCUCUCUUUGUCUCGCUCUCUCUCUCUCUUCUGGUCUCUCUCUCUCUGUGUCUCUCUCGCUCUCUCUCUCUCUCUGUCUCUCUCUUUGUCUCUCUCUCUCUUUGUCUCUACACUUUUCAUUAUGAAAUGGAAUGGAAACUAUAUGAAUAUCUCAUCCCUUCCUUCUCUCCCUCCAUAGAAGCUCUACAGGACAGAGCUCCAGCCUCCAUUCAAACCAGCAGCAGGGAAACCUGACGACACGUUCUGCUUCGACCCAGAGUUUUCACCGCUAAAAACACCCCAAGGUACGUGAGGGUUAUGGUCACAGUGUGUAGAGGUUUAUGGUCACAGUGUAGAUGUAGGGUUAUGGUCACAGGUCGAGGUUUAUGGUCACAGUGUAGAGGUUAUGGUCACAGUGUAGAGGUUAUGGUCACAGUGUAGAGGUUAUGGUCACAGUGUAGAUUCAGGCUCUGAUCAGUCCCUACACCCAAACGAGAGUAUUGCGCUCAUCCACCUCUGGCCUGCUGGCUCCCCUUCCUCUGCGGAAGCAUAGUUCCCGCUCAGCCCAGUCAAAACUGUUCGCUGCUCUGGCACCCCAAUGGUGGAACAAGCUCCCUCACGACGCCAGGACAGCGGAGUCACUCACCACCUUCCGGAGACAUUUGAAACCCCACCUCUUUAAGGAAUACCUGGGAUAGGAUAAAGGAAUCCUUCUACCCCCCCCCCCCCCCCCCAAUUGUAAAGUGGUUAUCCCACUGGCUAUAGGGUGAACGCACCAAUUUGUGAGUCGCUCUGGCUAAGAGCGUCUGCUAAAUGACGUUAAUGUGCCCUUGAGCAAGGCACUUAACCCUAAUUGCUCCUGUAAGUCGCUCUGGAUAAGAGCGUCUGCUAAAUGACUAAAAUGUAAAUGUAAAUGUAGAUUCUCCAGGUCUUUCUUCUAUUGUUAACACACAUCUCUCCUGUGUCUGUGUGUGUCUGUGUGUGUCUGUGUGUGUCUGUGUGUGUCUGUGUGUGUCUGUGUGUGUCUGUGUGUGUCUGUGCGUGUCUGUGUAUGUAUAUAUAGACUCCCCAGGGAUUCCUCCCAGUGCGAACGCCCAUCAGCUGUUUAAAGGGUUCAGCUUCGUGGCUCCAGCCUCUCUGGAUGACAACAAGGGCUCUCCUCUCCUCAGCAUCCUACCGAUAGUACAGGUGCACCCACCCACAGCUCAACAUUGUGCCUUUAGUACGCUUGCACACGCUUGAAUGUUUCAAUUAAUUUGCUCUCUCACAGCCCUUGACUCGUUUGGUGCUGCCACCUGGUGGAUGAAGUGUAGAAGUGUAUCCUGGUAGUGUUUCCUAACUGUGUGCUAUCACUAAACUACCUACUACAUAACAGUACUCCAUUUGACAUGAUAUUGCUACAAUGUAAUUACAGUGUAGGUACAUUAUUCCAUAGUAGGUAACUUGUGAUUUGUGCAUUACAUUGUUACCUCCUCCUCUCUCGCCUCUUUAAAAAAAUGUUUUUAUUUUACCAGACAUUCUUAUUUAUAAUGAUCUCUCUCUCUCUCUGUCUCUGUCUCUCUCUCUCUCUCUCUCUCUCUCUCUCUCUCUCUCUCUCUCUCUCUCUCUCUCUCUCUCUCUCUCUCUGCUCUGUAGAUGCAUGGUGGAUCGGCCCAGUUCUCAGACCUGUAUGAGCUUCAGGAGGAUAUUGGAGUUGGAUCGUAUUCGAUCUGUAAACGCUGUGUACACAGAGUGUCUGCAAUGGACUACGCUGUCAAGGUAACAUCAUACCCAUUAAUAUAGGUAACCCUAACCCGGUCACAUCAUAAGAGGAGCACGCCCCCAUUCUCAUCGACGGGGCUGUAGUGGAGCAGGUUGAAAGCUUCAAGUUCAUUGGUGUCCACAUCACCAACAAACUAUCAUGGUCCAAACACACCAAGACAGUCGUGAAGAGUGCACGACAAAGCCUAUUCCCCCUCAUGAGACACGGCAAGCGGUACCGGAGCGCCAAGUCUAGGUCCAAAAGGCUUCCUAACAGCUUCUACCCCCAAGCCGUAAGAACAACUAAUCAAAUGGCUACCGGGACUAUAAGUCUCUGAAUGUCCUUGAGUGGCCCAGCCAGAGCCCGGACUUGAACCCGAUCGAACAUCUCUGGAGAGACCUGAAAAUAGCUGUGCAGCGACGCUCCCCAUCCAACCUGACAGGCCUUGAGAGGAUCUGCAGAGAAGAAUGGGAGAAACUCCCCAAAUACAGGUGUGCCAAGCUUGUAGUGUCAUACCCAAGAAGACUCAAGGCUGUAAUCGCUGCCAAAGGUGCUUCAACAAAGUACUGAGUAAAGUGUCUGAAUACUUAUGUAAAUGUGAUAUUUCAGUUUUUUUUUUUUUAUACAUUGGCAAAAAUGUCUAAAGUGUGUAGGAAAGGCGUGAGUAGGAAAGGCGUACUGAACACAGUGGUGCAGAUCACCUCAAGAUAAAAACAUAAUAUUCAAUAUCUGUAAAUUAACUAAAUAUUAGCACUUCACAUACUGGUGCAUAAUAACCUUCAAUCUGGAUAACAACACAAAUCAUAAGGCUAGAGAAAUGGGUCAACAAAUAUUACGAAAACAAGCAACACCCAAACAUGGAGAGUAAACAAGGACAACCAAUCUCCAAAAGAAAACGAGACUCCUCGACGGACACAGACGAUUUAAGCUUUUCACCACUGGGAAUGGUAAGAGUGGAAACCGAUCUGUUAAAGUCGAUAAACAACAAACUGGGCUUGAAUCAGUCAGUAAAGAGAUGAAGGAGCCUUGAGAUGAGAGACGAUUAAGAUGCCACAAUGGAGAAGGAAACAAUCAAGCUAAAGGGACAAUAAGACGGAAACGGACGUUAAGGAACUUCAGAAGGAGAACAUCUUCCUGAGAGAAGCCUUACUUAACAAACAGACUAGAUCUAUGAGAGAAAAUCUGCUACUUACUGGUAUCCAAGAGAAAGAAGGAGAAGUUCCUGAGGGUGUAGUGAGGGAGUUCCUCCUUUACAGCGCUUCAGAUCCCACACGAAGCUGUCAACAAAAUCUAACUCGAACGUGUACACCAUUUCGGACAAAGAGGACAGAGAUAUGAGCGCCCAAUCGUUGCCAAAUUAGCUUUCUUUAAGGAUAAAAUAAUGGAUAAAAGCCUGGGUAAAAGAGUAGGGCUAGGGUUAGGGUUAGGGUUGGGGUUGGGGUUAGGGCUAGGGUUAGGGCUAGGGUUAGGGUUGGGGUUAGGGCUAGGGCUAGGGUUAGGGCUAGGGUUAGGGCUAGGGUUAGGGUUAGGGUUAGGGUUAGGGCUAGGGCUAGGGCUAGGGCUAGGGCUAGGGCUAGGGUUAGGGCUAGGGCUAGGGCUAGGGCUAGGGCUAGGGUUAGGGCUGGGGUUGGGGUUGGGGUUGGGGUUGGGGUUAGGGUUGGGGUUGGGGUUGCAGUUGAAAGACUCAUUGGCACGACACAAGACGUAUGUGGCAGGGUCUACAGACAAUCACGGACUACAAAAGGAAAAGCAGCCACGUCGCCGACACUGACGUCUCGCUUCCAGACAAGCUAAACACUUUCUUCGCCCGCUUUGAGGAUGACACAGUGCCACUGAUGAGGCCCACUACCAAGGACUGUGGGCUCUCCUUCUCCAUAGCCGACGUGAGUAAGACAUUUAAGCAUGUUAACCCCCGCAAAGCUGCCGGCCCAGACGGCAUCCAUAGCUGCGUCCUCAGAGCAUGCGCAGACCAGCUGGCUGGUGUGUUUAUGGACAUAUUCAAUCUCUCCCUUUCCCAGUCUGCUGUUCCCACAUGCUUCAAGAUGUCCACCAUUGUUCCUGUACCCAAGAAAGCAAAGGUAACUGAACUAAAUGACUAUCGCCCUGUAGCACUCACCUCUGUCAUCAUGAAGUGCUUUGAGAGACUAGUCAAGGAUCAUAUCACCUCUACCUUACCUGUCACCCUAGACCCACUUUGCUUACCGCCCCAAUAGAUCCACAGACGAUGCAAUCGCCAUCACACUGCACACUGCCCUAUCCCAUCUGGACAAGAGGAAUACCUAUGUAAGAAUGCUGUUCAUUGACUAUAGCUCAGCAUUCAACACCAUAGUACCCUCCAAGCUCAUCAUUAAGCUUGAGGCCCUGGGUCUGAACCCCGCCCUGUGCAACUGGGUCCUGGACUUCCUGACGGGCCGCCCCCAGGUGGUGAAGGUAGGAAACAACAUCUCUACUUUGCUGAUCCUCAACACGGGCCCCACAAGGGUGCGUGCUCAGCCCCCUCCUGUACUCCCUGUUCACCCAUGACUGCGUGGCCAAGCACGCCUCCAACUCAAUCAUCAAGUUUGCAGAUGACACAACAGUAGUAGGCCUGAUUAUCAACAAUGACGAGACCGCCUACAGGGAGGAGGUGAGGGCUCUGGGAGUGUGGUGCCAGGAAAAUAACCUCUCACUCAACAUCAACAAAACAAAGGAGAUGAUCGUGGACUUCAGGAGACAGCAGAGGGAGCAUGCCCCUAUCCACAUCAACGGGACUGCAGUGGAGGUGGAAAGCUUCAAGUUCCUCUGCGUACACAUCACUGACAAACUGAAAUGGUCCACCCACGCAGACAGUGUGGUGAAGAAGGCGCAACAGAACCUCUUCAACCUCAGGAGCCUGAAGAAAUUUGGCAUGUCACCUAAAACCCUCGCAAACUUUUACAGAUGCACAAUUGAGAGCAUCUUGUCAGGCUGUAUCACCGCCUGGUACGGCAACUGCACCGCCCACAACCGCAGGGCUCUCCAGAGGGUGGUGCGGUCUGCCGAACGCAUUACCGGGGGCAAACUACCCGCCCUCCAAGACACAUACAGCACCCGAUGUCACAGGAAGGCCAAAAAGAUCAUCAAGGACAUCAACCACCCGAGCCACUGUCUGUUCACCCCGCUAUCAUCCAGAAGGCGAGGUCAGUACAGGUGCAUCAAAGCUGGGAUCGAGAGAAUGAAAAACAGUUUCUAUCUCAAGGCCAUCAGACUGUUAAAUAGCCAUCACUAGCACAUUAGAGGCUGCUGCUGCCUAUUGAAAUCACUGGCCACUUUAAGAAAUGGAACAUUAGUCACUUUAAUAAUGUUUCCAUAUCUUGCACUACUCAUCUCAUAUGUAUAUACUGCAUUCUAUUCUAUAAUAUUCUACUGUAUCUUAGUCCAUGCCGCUCUGUCAUUGUUCGUCCAUAAAUGUAUAUAUUCUUAAAUUCCAUUCCUUACUAGUUUUGUGUGUAUUGGGUAUAUGUUGUGAAAUUGUUAGAUAUUACUGCACUGUCGGAGCUAGAAGCACAAGCAUUUCGCUACACCCGCUAUAACAUCUGCUAAACACGUGUAUGUGACAAAUAACAUUUGAUUUGAUUUAAAGUUAUCAGCUUAGCUAGGUUAGCGGCUCUUUCAAGCAGACUUUAACCUGUCAGUUAAGCGGGAUUCCGGGACAAGAAAUAGCGGUCCUAGCUGUUAAAAGCUAACCGUGUCGUGGAAUCCAUGCAAAAACACGUUCAGUAUUUAUUUUUAACAAAGAUUGUUUAUGUUUUAGUUAAAAUAACAAACCGAGUGUUUCCAGCAUAGUGUUCAGCUGCGCAUUCUGAUGGCGUAGAUCAUAAGGUCUGAAUGAUAAUGUCAAGUAGAAAUUAUUUACAUUUUGAAUUGAAUAGAUUUGGGAUAUAGUUAUUUUGACCUCCCCACAGUUCAUUGAAGAGGUUCCUGUUGGCUUUUUCAAAUGGGGGGACUAGAUACAUAGUGCUUUCUUUUCUAAAUGGUAAAACAGAUAUGGAAAUACCCUCUCUGAGGCCUAUAUGAAACAUUCAAUCUCAAAUCUAAAAUGCUGGAGUAUAGAGCCAAAUUAAAUGUUUUAGCUUCACUGUCCAAAUCCAUAUGGCGGAGAGUGUAGCUAACACACUGUUAUGGUAACACACUGUACAUCUAUAUAUUAUACUGAUGUUGCUAUCAUAGAAGGACAUAUUACCAUGAAUAGGAUAUCUGUGAUUACUACACUGAGUCUAUGGAGCAGUUCCCAUCUGUACCAGCAGAGGGCAGGAAAACAACUCAUGGCAUCACAGUAGGAGUCUGGCUAGUAGCUCACUACUGGGAUGCUGCUCCAAAAUGCUGAUCACUAAUGGGAUGCUGCUCCAAAAUGCUGAUCACUACUGUGAUGCUGCUCCAAAAUGCUGAUCACUACUGGGAUGCUGCUCCAAAAUGCUGGUCACUACUGGGAUGCUGCUCCAAAAUGCUGAUCACUACUGUGAUGCUGCUCCAUAGUUCAAAAUGCUGAUCACUACUGUGAUGCUGCUCCAAAAUGCUGAUCACUACUGGGAUGCUGCUCCAAAAUGCUGAUCACUACUGGGAUGCUGCUCCAAAAUGCUGGUCACUACUGGGAUGCUGCUCCAAAAUGCUGAUCACUACUGUGAUGCUGCUCCAUAGUUCAACAUGCUGAUCACUACUGUGAUGCUGCUCCAAAAUGCUGAUCACUACUGGGAUGCUGCUCCAAAAUGCUGAUCACUACUGUGAUGCUGCUCCAUAGUUCAAAAUGCUGAUCACUACUGUGAUGCUGCUCCAAAAUGCUGAUCACUACUGGGAUGCUGCUCCAAAAUGCUGAUCACUACUGUGAUGCUGCUCCAAAAUGCUGAUCACUACUGGGAUGCUGCUCCAAAAUGCUGAUCACUACUGGGAUGCUGCUCCAAAAUGCUGGUCACUACUGGGAUGCUGCUCCAAAAUGCUGAUCACUACUGUGAUGCUGCUCCAUAGUUCAAAAUGCUGAUCACUACUGUGAUGCUGCUCCAAAAUGCUGAUCACUACUGGGAUGCUGCUCCAAAAUGCUGAUCACUACUGUGAUGCUGCUCCAUAGUUCAAAAUGCUGAUCACUACUGUGAUGCUGCUCCAUAGUUCAAAAUGCUGAUCACUACUGUGAUGCUGCUCCAAAAUGCUGAUCACUACUGGGAUGCUGCUCCAAAAUGCUGAUCACUACUGUGAUGCUGCUCCAUAGUUCAAAAUCCUGAUCACUACUGGGAUGCUGCUCCAUAGUUCAAAAUGCUGAUCACUACUGGGAUGCUGCUCCAAAAUGCUGAGCACUACUGGGAUGCUGCUCCAUAGUUCAAAAUGCUGAUCACUACUGUGAUGCUGCUCCAUAGUUCAAAAUGCUGAUCACUACUGGGAUGCUGCUCCAAAAUGCUGAUCACUACUGGGAUGCUGCUCCAAAAUGCUGAUCACUACUGGGAUGCUGCUCCAAAAUGCUGAUCACUACUGUGAUGCUGCUCCAUAGUUCAAAAUGCUGAUCACUACUGUGAUGCUGCUCGAUAGUUCAAAAUGCUGAUCACUACUGUGAUGCUGCUCCAUAGUUCAAAAUCCUGAUCACUACUGUGAUGCUGCUCCAUAGUUCAAAAUGCUGAUCACUACUGGGAUGCUGCUCCAAAAUGCUGAUCACUACUGGGAUGCUGCUCCAAAAUGCUGAUCACUACUGGGAUGCUGCUCCAAAAUGCUGAUCACUACUGUGAUGCUGCUCCAUAGUUCAAAAUGCUGAUCACUACUGUGAUGCUGCUCCAUAGUUCAAAAUGCUGAUCACUACUGUGAUGCUGCUCCAAAAUGCUGAUCACUACUGGGAUGCUGCUCCAAAAUGCUGAUCACUACUGUGAUGCUGCUCCAUAGUUCAAAAUGCUGAUCACUACUGUGAUGCUGCUCCAUAGUUCAAAAUGCUGAUCACUACUGUGAUGCUGCUCCAUAGUUCAAAAUGCUGAUCACUACUGUGAUGCUGCUCCAAAAUGCUGAUCACUACUGGGAUGCUGCUCCAAAAUGCUGAUCACUACUGUGAUGCUUACUGGGAUGCUGCUCCAAAAUGCUGUUCACUACUGGGAUGCUGCUCCAAAAUGCUGAUCACUACUGGGAUGCUGCUCCAAAAUGCUGUUCACUACUGUGAUGCUGCUCCAAAAUGCUGGUCACUUUCCCCAAAAAGAUUCCCAGGAAUCUUCCAACCGGGACUUCUGGGAAUUUGGGAACCUUCUGCAACUCUACCCAGUUCAUAUAGAAAGAUUAAAUAAAUAUUUGCAUGGCAUAUAACUAGUUAUGUAACCCAAGUCAACUGAAAGUAACCAAGUAAACCUGUUCUAACCAGAUCCUCAGCUGAAUGUCUGUCUCUCUAGAUAAUAGAUAAGGGGAAGAGGGAUCCAUCGGAGGAGAUUGAGAUUCUGAUGAGAUACGGACAACACCCCAACAUCAUCACACUCAAAGAC